UUGAUUGGAUUAGAUAAAAGUUUUAAAAUGAAACGACGUUUAAAAUUACCCCCAAGAUUGGAAAACUCAAGAAGUCCGUCAGAACAAUAUUGUUUAGCUGACAGAAAUGUAUCUUUUAAUGCAGAAGAGAGAGCUGUGGUACAGAAAAAAGUUUUUACAAAAUGGUGCAAUACCCAUCUAGUUAAGAUUAAUGUAGAAAUAAAAGAUUUAUACGAAGACUUUCGUGAUGGAAGAAAUCUUAUACUUUUGGUGGAACUACUCACCAACGAAAGUCUUAGGAUGCAAAAAGGAACUAUGCGUUUCUAUUGUUUGCAGAAUGUAACCACAGCCCUUGGUUACUUGAAUUAUAUAGGCAUUAAACUUGUAAACAUCCGAAGUGAAGAUAUUGUUGAUGGAAAUACCAAGCUUACUCUUGGGCUUGUUUGGAUACUUAUUUUAAAUUUUCAGUUAUCAGAUAUUAAAACAAUGAAACUUGAAACAGAAUCGCCGAAGCAGAAGCUUUUGUUUUGGAGUCAAACAAACUGUGAAGGCUAUGAAGACGUAGAUAUAAAGAAUUUUUCUUCAAGUUGGUCAGAUGGAUUAGCUUUUGGCGCUCUUUUACAUAGACACAGACCUGACCUUAUCGAUUAUGCAGAGAUUAAGAAUGCAAGUCCGCCACAAAGAAUGGAAAUUAUUUUUCAAAUUGCAGAAAAGGAACUUGGAAUACCUAAGUUACUUGAUGUUGAAGAUGUUAUAAAAUGUCCGGAUGAUAAAACUAUAAUAACUUAUGUUUCGGCUAUUCACAAAGUGCUGCCUUCAAUGCCUCCAAGGUUAUUAGACCAAAUUGAUGCGGAUUUGAAAACAACAAUUGAGGUGUAUUGUAACAGAGUUUCAAUGUUCAUUGAAUGGUUGAGUCGUUGUACAAUCAGCCUGAAUAGUAGAGACUUCCCAAAACAUUUACAAGGAAUGCAAGAUCUACGUAGCCAGGCGGGUUUUUUCUCAACACAAAUCUACCCAGAAAAAAACGCAGAGCGUAGACACUUAGCCACUCUUUUUACAAAUAUUAAGACUAUGAAAAAUCCAAAAAAACGAAGCAUAGAUGUACCAUAUAAUUUCACAGUAGAAUGCAUGAAUCAAGCGUGGGAAGCUAUGGUACAAGCUAACCAACAGCGUUGUGAUGAUAUUAAUAAGGAAAUCGAGAGGUUGGAGCAACUCCAGCAAGUGGCAAAAAAAGUAGAAAAAGAAUGUUCUUCUUUGGAGAAUUCGUUGGGAAUAAUCGAGACUGAACUCGAUAAUUACGAUAAAGGUUCAAUUGAUUCAAAUGUUCAGGAGAAUAUGCGCAAACUUGAUCAAAAUGUAAAAGCGAUAAAGGUAUUCCGUUUGCCAAUUAAAACAUUGACUAGUUCUACAGAAAUACUUGUGAAAAGUGUAUAUCAAAAUAGCGAAGAGCUUCAAACAAGAGCUGGAGCUAUUUCAGUACGAUGGGAAAAACUAAAUAAUCGAGUUCAAACAGAACUUCAAACUUUGAAAUCUGAACAUAACCUAAAGGAUAACAAUUCCAAUGAAAAACUUUCUUUAAAGGAAUUAUCAAUUCCGAGUAUAAUUUCUAUUAUCGAAGAAGAUAUUUGUAAUGAAGCAAUUCCAUUAUUAGAAGAAGAAGUGCCAAUAAUUACUGAUGAAGAUAGUGCUUGUCUAUCCAAUAACGAGCAAGUGUUUACAACAGAAUCAAACCUAACUUCAAACAAGGAAAAUACAGUUGUACAAGCAACUAAUUCGACCAAAGAAAUCAGUUUAACUAGCGAUAAACAGCCUGUUGUAAAACUAACAAUAUCCACUGGAAGUAAAAGAAACGAAAGUGAAAAGAACGAUUCGUCAAAAAUGACAGGUAUUCGUAUUUCAAAACGGUCAGGAGUACAACCAAUAACAAAAGUUUAUAAAAAGCAAAAGAAAUUAAAAUCUUUUUCAAUUCCUAAUCCUUGGAGUUGUACUAGAAAGCAAAACCAUUCUUCUAGCGAUGAAGAAAAGAGCGAAAACUCGGAAUUUAUUGAAGGAUGCUCCGAAACGGAAUUUAACGCGAAGUUGCAAAACAUUCGGGUUGCCUACAAUUGGGUGAAAUUUAUAUUGGACUUGAUCAAAAACGCAGAGUACGGAAUGGACCUUCCUAGUAACGAAGCUUAUUUAGAAGAAAAUGAAAUCAAGCUAAAGGAGAUUUUAAAGUUUAGGGAAGAGAUUGACAAAAUUUGCUCUGUGGAGACACCAAAUCACCGAACGGAAAUAAACAUGAAAUUAGAAGAGUUAACACUUAUAUACAACGAAGCUUUGGAAUGCACAAUGAAAAGAUCUUUGAAUCUGAAAUCACUUAUUGCCUUUAUGCAAGCUUGCACUGAACAGCUUAUAUGGUUAAGUCAGCACGAAGAUAAUGAAGUUUCACGAAAUUGGAGUGAUAAAAAUUUGUCUUUAGAAAUGCUAGCCGAAAACAACGAGAAACUUCGUUCAGAAUUAAUAAUACGAGAUCAAAUGAUUGAAGAAAUAAUUAAAAACGGUCAUUUACUUACCGCUGAGCUUCACCCAGCAACAUCUGCUAUAGAAGCGUACGUUGGAGUUGUACAAACACAAUUAAAAUGGGCAUAUCAAUUACAAAUUGCUUUCCAAACUCAUUACAAAAAUGCAUCAUUUUAUUUUAAGUUUUUUGAGAAAGCUUAUUCGUAUGAAAAAUGGUUAGUAGAAAGUGUAAAUAAACUGAAAAAUCUUUUUGACGGUGUUGAUUUUGAAAGUGUUGAAGCACUAUAUCAUCUUAUUGAAAAACUAUUGGAAAUACGUCGAGAACUAUUUGAUCAUAAGGGUGAGGUUUCUUUGUUGGGAAAAUGGAGCAAAGAAGUUGUUCCAUUAAAAAAACGACAUCAAAAAUACAAAACACCAGAAGCUGUUAUAUCUGUUUGCAAUUAUGAACAAGAAAAGGAUAUCAUUUGUUGUGGUGAAAGUGUUGAUCUGAUUGAUAAUAGCAAUCCAUUCCGAUGGAAGGUAUCUCCUCCUUCUGGUGUAGAAUCAGAAGUUCCUUCAGUAUGUUUUGUUAUCCCUGCCCCUGAUGCUGAAGCUACAGAGUUAUCAACUAGAAUUGAAAUUCAGUAUAAACAUUUAAUAACACUUUGGAAGAAUCGUCAGUGGCGUGUAAAGCAAGCCCUAAGUUCUUCAGAAGUUUUUACAAGUUUAAAGGUUUUAAAAUUGCCAACAUUUAACCAGGUAUUGAAUCAACCUUAUAAUACAGAAGAAAUGCUUGAAGAAUUUGAAAAGCAGCUUGAUCCUUCAUUGGAAAUGGAAGAAAAUGAAGUUUUAUUGACUGAUAAUAUUAUUGAUAUAACAGAGGAUAUUAAUGAAGAUUUUAUAGAAGAUUUGGACUUGUCUAAAACAGUAAGCGAUUUGUUGCUGUAUAUUCAAAUGGUAGAUGAAAGCUUGAACACAAAAAAUGAAGAGAACAUGAAUGCUGAUUUAUUACUCAAAGAACUUGAGGAAUCUAUUAAAACUGUUGAGACAAUUGAAACAUCUUUGCAACCAAAGUUUGAUUUUAUAGUGCUUCAAGAAUCAUUUUUUUUAAAUUCUAAGAUAAAAGAUAACUUUGAAUUACUUAUAAAAAAAUGGAAUGUUGUUAAAACAAGACAAGUUCAAUGGGUUAAAAGAAGUAUGCACAUUAACGAAGUUUUACUCUUUGCUGCUGAUGUUGAUCAAUGGCUUAAAAAAAUUGAAAUGGUUUUAAUUGAGCAACAUGGUUUUUCUUCUGAUGCUAAACUUUUAAAAUUAGAAUUGGAACAAGUCAAUGAUUUGGAAAAAAUAUUUGAGCUUCAAAAAGAAAACUUUGAUAAGCUGCAAAGCAUGCUGAUCUAUGAAGGACACCCAAUUAACUCUAUAAUUUGUUUGAGACUUACUGAAAGAUGGAUAAGCGCAGGUAAACAGAUCAACAUUCGGCAAAUGAAAUUGGAAGAAAUCUUCCCACUAUUAAUAAUGGUUUGUGAAACUUUGCAUAUUGAACUCUCAUGGUUUGAAAAUCUUUGCAACAAACUAAUGAAAGAAAGUUUACCAUUUAAUGAUAAUUAUUUACAAGCACUUUUGGUUGAAUACAAAAUUAUUUACAAAGGACUUUUAUCACAUUUGCAACCUCUUCAAAAUUUAUUUUACAAAGUUGAAGAGCUCAUUUUGGCUUCAAAGAGUUAUGAGCACGAAUUGAACAAAUAUAAAUGGUUUGUUGAAGGGAAUUAUAAUUUGAUUAGACCUAGUGUAGCUGCUCAAGGAAGAAACUGGUUGUCAUCAAAAAUUCUCCAACUUGCACAAUUUUAUGAGAUGUCUAUAGUUGGCAUUCCACAGAGAAUGUCUUGCUUUUUAAGCAUGUUGGAAAUGUCACCAGUUUCGAAGUCUGGUGAGUCUAAUAUUGUUGAAAUUGGCGAGUGGCAAACCGUUGAUAUUCAACUCAUUAAAUUAGAAGAUUGGAUAACUAAAAAAGAAAAUGAUUUGAAAAAAUACGAUCUACCACUUGGUUCAAUUAGAGAGUUGGAACAAUAUAUGCAAGAAGUUGAGAAUGUCCUCACUGAUGUACGCGAUCACGAAAUUUCAGCUGAAGAAACAUUAAAUGCAGGACGACAGUUUCUACAGGAAAAUUUUUCUCUCAUGCCAUCAACAACGCGCGUUAAGGUAGAGAAAAAAGUUGCGGCGCUGGAAUUACAAUGGGCAAAGUUACAAUGGGAGUGCGAGGGUCGAAACACUCGUUUAAUUAUGAUUCACGAUAUGCUAGGCAGUUAUGAGAAGGCUGUGCAACCUUUUUUAAUAUGGUUGAAGAAAGCAGAGCAACAGGCUCAAUCAUUUCAUAUUAAUGCUCCUGAUUUAGAGAGUGUUCAAGACUUAUUUAGACAACAUCAGAUAUUUGUUAAUGAAGUUCGUCGUCAUGAAGCUGAUCUUCAAAGAGUAAAUCACCAUGGUGAUGCAUUUUUAUCUGAAGCAAAGGCAUUCCAAUCAGAACUGGAAAAUUAUCUUUCCAGUAUUCCUGAUUCAUUGUCCACUACAGUCAAUACCACUAGUCAAACAUGGGUACUUGAGCGAAAGCUUCAUCAAAUCAAUGACCAGUAUAAAAAACUCAUAAGAAUGCUUUCCUUUAAAGGUAAUCUCUUAAGCGAGUCUAUUGCUAAGCAUCAAGAAUAUGCACAAAAGUUGCAAGUUUUUCUACCAUGGCUUGCUGAAGCAGAGCGUCAGCUGGCUCGUGAAAUGCAAGAGACUAUACCAUCAGAUCCAAAAAAGUUAUAUAAGAAGAUUGAAGUUAUUAAACAAUUUAAUGGUGAUGUACAGGCCCAUCAUCAUAAUCUUGUUAGUAUUCAAAUGUCCUCUGAUGUACUUACUAAUCUUGAAAAGCGAGAUGAUGAACAUGUAAAGGGGGAUACUGCUAUUUAUGCUCCUGGUAUGUGGCUUCGUACAACAACAUCUGUAAUAAAACGUUAUGAAAACCUUAGUAUUAACACUGUCAAUUUUGAAAGUCAGCUGCAGUCUCUUUACAUUACUGUGCAAAAUUUUGUUGAAGGCAUUGAAAUAAUGUUUAAAUGGGGAGAAUCAAGUUAUGCAACUUUGAAAAAAAUGAGUCCGAUUUCUAGUGAUAUAUUUACUCUCAUUCAGCAAGUUAGAGAAAUUAAGGUAACUCUAAUUGAACUAGAAGGUCGACAACCAAGUCUUCUUACCCUUCUUCAAACUUUUGAAAAAGGGAAAUCAGAUAAAUCUAUUAUGAAGCAUAUGGACCGAAUUAAUUCAAUUCGAAAAACAUUUGAAGAAUUACAAAGAGAUGCUUUCAAUCGUAAGGAGGAAUGUGUUGCAUCUUAUCUAAAAUAUGUUAGUGAAUUUGAAAUAUGGCUUGAGAGAGUUUUAAAGCGUUUAGUAUCUUGUGAGCUGUUAACAACAGAUAUUCUUGUGUUUGAAGAAAAUCUAUUGAAACUUUCUGAAGAUGUGGAGUUUCAUCGUCAAGCGUUUCAGUUUAUUAAUCAGUGUGGGCAUGAACUCAUUUCAAUCAACAAAAGCAAACAUACUUCUACCAUAUUACCUGUCUUAGAUAAAGUAAACAAGAUGUGGCAAGCAGUUGCUAUACAGUUAAUUAAUCACACUAGAAAAUUUGAUGAAGUUGUUAAAUGCUCAGAGAAAUAUCAUUCAACAUUGCAGCCACUUUUGCAAUGGUUUGAAAAGAUGGAGGGUCGUAUUACAACUAUUGCUCCAGUAGCAAUUGAUCCUCAAGUGAUUUUGGAGCAAUUGACAGAGCAAAAGGCACUGUUGAAUGAUGCUUGCAAUCACAAAGGGACAAUUGAAAUUCUUACUCAUAUAGGAGAAUCUCUAGUGUUUAUUAUUUAUAUUCAAGAUCGAGUUGUUAAAGAAGAUCGACAAUUGACUCCAAUUGAACUUGAGGUAAAAUCAUGCCGUGAUAGAUAUGAUGAUAUAAUUACAGUGCUUGAAGCUAGAGGUCUAAAUCUUGAAUCCACGUUGACCCAAUCUGAACAAUAUCACGUAGCUUAUAAUGACAUUAUGGCUUGGUUAGAUUGUGCAGAAGAUAUUCAGAUGAAAUGGAAGCCACUUGGAUCUACUUUAGAAAUUGUGAGAUUACAAUAUGUUGAACACCAGAUAUUUCACAGAGAUCUUAUAAAUGGUUCCCCAGAAAUUCGCCAAAUGCUUGAGUAUGGAAAGGAUUUGAUUAAAGAUCGUGAAACUGUACGCGGUGCACCUGCAGUACGAUCUCAACUAGAUAUUGUUGUAAACAGAUGGGAAAUGAUGUUAAGUACAUCCAAUAAGCGACAAGUUGAUCUUGAAAAUGCACUAGGUCAACGAUUUAAAGAACGUGUAUAUCAAAUAAAUGUAUGGAUUAAAAAGAAAGAGCUCGAUGUUCAGAGUUUUUGUCAGAAGAAACAGUCACCAGCUGACAUUAACAAAUAUAUUGGGGAGUUACUUAUUGAAAUACAGCGGUAUGAGUAUAUCUUUUUAACAGUCCAUCGUUCAUCUAAACAGUUAACUGAUGCUGGUCAAACAGAUAAAAUUCAAGUGUAUGAGCUAUUAGCUGAAUUAGAUGAUCUUUGGAGUAACUUAAGCAAUGUUUAUCAGACAUCUGAGUACUUUUCUGGAAAAGUAAGACUUAGAUCACCUAAAGAAUUGGAAAGUGAUAUAAAAAUGGAAGAUGAGAUUGCAAGUUUUUUGGAAGGAAAUCGAAAGCGUAAAAAAAUAAAUGAGGAUGAAAUUCCACAAAAGUUUGCAUCACUUGAUACAGAUUUUCCAGAUAGUGAAAAAGAGAAUGAAAAUGAAGAAUAUAUGUUACGGCGACCAUACAAACCUGUACAUUUUGAUUUAAAGUUACCAAAUCAACAAAGAAUUAUUCAACCAACUGUUGUAAGAAGAACUUAUAUGGAUGAAAAUAAUUCUGAUUUAAUGAGCACCCAAUCUGAUCAACCACAGCAAGAGUUCAUAACAAUAGAUGAAAAUGGCAGAAAAGUGAGAAAAAUUAUUACAAAGAAGGUAACUCGUACUCAGAGACGUAUUAUUAGACGAAAAUAUAUUGAUGAAAAUGGCGAAGAGCAUGUGGAAGAAGUUGAACUGCCAGAAGGCCAAGAACCUGAGUAUAUAAUAAACCAUGGGAAGUCUUUAGAUGAAGGAGCAAUAAUUAUCCAUUCACCAGAUGAAACUGAUACUGCUACUGAAGAAGAAUUAGUAAGAGAUAGCGAAGGUAAUAUAAUAAAAAGGAUUGUUAAAAAAGUUACACAAGUAACUAAAAGAACAAGAAUCAUUCGCAGAACAAUUAUUGAUGAGGAUGGCAACAGAAAAGUUGUAGAAGAAGAGGUUCCCAUUGAUAGCAGUCAAGUAAUUGAAUCUAAUCAAUACCAAUCACUUCCUGUAAAAAGUUCCAAUAGUCAAUCAGUUUGGGAACUACUGGAAACUCCAAAAGUUGAUCGAGUUAUAUCAAUUCAAGUAGAAAGAGAUUCCAAUGGAGAUGAACAUAUAUUAAAAUAUAAGGAGUCUGUUUUAUCACAUGCUCCAUUAAAUAUUAUAAACAUAUUAAAAGAGUAUGAUGAAAGGAAUGGUACUUCUAGAAUUUUUGUAAAAACAAGUUGUAUACAAAAAAAAGAGUUAAUGCAACACUUGAUUAAAGUUUAUCCAAAUGGUAUUGAAGAAGAAGUGGACAAUAAAAUAGAAGUUUAUCCAGAACAAAAAAUUCAAAUCGAAGAAACACAAGAGAAAAUUCCUCUAUACAGUUGUAUUAUUGAUGAAAAGCCUGAAUCUUUGACAUCAAAGGAGAUGAGUCAGACUGGUACUAUUUCCAAAAUCUUAAGAUCUAAAGAAAUCAUAAAAGAAUAUUUACAGUAUGAAACAAAAGUUGUUAACAACAGAAACGAAAUAAUAUAUGAAAAUAUUUUGAUUCAAGUAUCAGAAAACAAUAUAAAAUCUGAUAGGAAUCUAAUGUUGAAACAUAUUUCAUCUUCUAUAAAUAAUGGAAUAGUUGAAAAAAAUAUUAUCUGCUUAAUUCCUAUAAAAACAAUGAACAUUGUUUAUAUAAAAGGAAUAUAUACAAAGGAAGGGAAAGAGUUAAAUAAUGAACAGCAAAUAAUUAAACGAGAAAAUACAAACAUUUUUAAUGACAAAUUAAACAUCCUAUUAAAAGGCCAAUAUGAAGGUAAAAAAGUGGUUAUAUCAACUAGUCCCGAUCUUUAUGAGAACAAAGAAUCAAAACAAAAUGUGACAACAAAAAAUAUAACAAUUCAACCCAGAGGAGUCAAAAAAGUAAUAGUUCUUUCUGAUGGAACAAGAAAAGAGGAAAACGAGUUUGAUCAAUACGAAAUAAUAGAAAAUAAAAAAAAUAAUUUCAUUCCAACUCAUAAUAUAAAUUCAGAGUCUCAAUCAAAUAAAAGCUUAAUUGAAUUUAAAGACAUUAAAAGAAAAACGGAUGAAAAAAGUAAAACACAAUCUAAACGAGCCAGACGACCUUCUGAAGAGACUCCUGAAGAUGUCGAUGAUCCGAUGAACGUGGUGGAGGAGUUUUCAGAGCCCGACAGUAGUCCUUACAUUGACGACUCAGCUGAACCAACUGUGCAACACUAUGGCCAGAGAAAACCUGAAGAGGAAAAAGUUUUCACCAGACCGCAUUCGCAAGGUGAAAAAUCUCCGGAAUCGAAAAAGCAUCCCAAAGAUUCUCCUCACAAAGGUGCUGAGAUUGAUCAGCCAGUUUCAAGCCCUGUGGUAAAGAAAACAGUAGUGUUGAAAAAGAAAACUAUCCGAAAGAUCAUUGUGCUCCCAGACGGUACCCGAAAAGAGGUGGAAGAAGAAGUACCUGCUGAGGAUGAUUCUGAAAUGCCCAGCGACGAUGCACACGUUCCAUCAGUUUUAAGCCCUGUCGUAAAGAAAACUGUAGUGUUGAAGAAGAAAAUUAUCCGCAAGAUUGUUGUGCUUCCUGAUGGCACCCGAAAAGAGGUGGAAGAGGAAGUACCUGCUGAGGAGGAAUCCGAAAUGCCGUACAGUGAUGUUCCUUACACUCGGUCGGAAGACGAGCAUAGUAGCGUUUUCGGCAGUCAGACACAGAAAAUGCCGACUCCUGUGGAAAGGGUGUAUGUGACAAGAGUUUUGCGAAAACCCGACGGCAGUGAACACUUGAUAGACGAAUCUGAAACAGUGUUUCCGAUGGAAAUCACAUCUGAGGAUCUGCAGUCAGAAGUGGUGGAAAGCGAAGGCAAGGAUGAAAGAGGUGUUUUCAGAGUGGUAAAGAAGCCUUUGCAGUUAACAAGAAAGAAAACCACCACUUGCUUGAGCGAAGUGUUGCCUAGCGGUGACGAGAGAGAGAUAGAAAGGAGUGCGGAAGAAUCACCAGAGUCUGAACAGGAGCCUACCAAAUCCAGAAAGGUGGUCCGUUGUGAGAAGAAGCUGGCGAACGGAGAAACUGUUGUGGUCGAAGAAGCUCAUUACAUCAGUCCACUCACCUCAUCCCUGAGUGUACCAGCCAAACCUGAAAUCUCAGAAAGGACAUUGAGAGGAAAACCCGCUCGAGUGGUGUGCAGAAAGACGGUGACCACCUAUCAUGUCAAAGUGUUUAGGAGCACAGUGCUUCGCAGCAACGGAAAAGCAGACACCUCCCCAGUAGAGGACUGUAUCGAAGAGCCAAUUGAGGCAGCUAGAUUCACAAUUGUCCGUAGAGCGGUGAUAAGAAGUGACGGAAGCUCAGAGACCAGAGAGGAGCCUCGUUAUGAAUUGCCACAGGAUGCCAAACCGACAGUUGAAGCAGUCACUGAUAAGAAUGGCAAAGUAACAAGAAGAGUUCGCAAAGUGCCUAAACCAGUUGUAACAUAUCGCAAAGUUUACAGAAAAAUUAUUCUUGCUCCCGACGGUACUGAAGCUGGCGUGGAAGAGAAAGUGGAAGAGAGUAAGCGUGCAAGACGACCUUCUGAAGAGACUCCUGAAGAUGUCGAUGAUCCGAUGAACGUGGUGGAGGAGUUUUCAGAGCCCGACAGUAGUCCUUACAUUGACGACUCAGCUGAACCAACUGUGCAACACUAUGGCCAGAGAAAACCUGAAGAGGAAAAAGUUUUCACCAGACCGCAUUCGCAAGGUGAAAAAUCUCCGGAAUCGAAAAAGCAUCCCAAAGAUUCUCCUCACAAAGGUGCUGAGAUUGAUCAGCCAGUUUCAAGCCCUGUGGUAAAGAAAACAGUAGUGUUGAAAAAGAAAACUAUCCGAAAGAUCAUUGUGCUCCCAGACGGUACCCGAAAAGAGGUGGAAGAAGAAGUACCUGCUGAGGAUGAUUCUGAAAUGCCCAGCGACGAUGCACACGUUCCAUCAGUUUUAAGCCCUGUCGUAAAGAAAACUGUAGUGUUGAAGAAGAAAAUUAUCCGCAAGAUUGUUGUGCUUCCUGAUGGCACCCGAAAAGAGGUGGAAGAGGAAGUACCUGCUGAGGAGGAAUCCGAAAUGCCGUACAGUGAUGUUCCUUACACUCGGUCGGAAGACGAGCAUAGUAGCGUUUUCGGCAGUCAGACACAGAAAAUGCCGACUCCUGUGGAAAGGGUGUAUGUGACAAGAGUUUUGCGAAAACCCGACGGCAGUGAACACUUGAUAGACGAAUCUGAAACAGUGUUUCCGAUGGAAAUCACAUCUGAGGAUCUGCAGUCAGAAGUGGUGGAAAGCGAAGGCAAGGAUGAAAGAGGUGUUUUCAGAGUGGUAAAGAAGCCUUUGCAGUUAACAAGAAAGAAAACCACCACUUGCUUGAGCGAAGUGUUGCCUAGCGGUGACGAGAGAGAGAUAGAAAGGAGUGCGGAAGAAUCACCAGAGUCUGAACAGGAGCCUACCAAAUCCAGAAAGGUGGUCCGUUGUGAGAAGAAGCUGGCGAACGGAGAAACUGUUGUGGUCGAAGAAGCUCAUUACAUCAGUCCACUCACCUCAUCCCUGAGUGUACCAGCCAAACCUGAAAUCUCAGAAAGGACAUUGAGAGGAAAACCCGCUCGAGUGGUGUGCAGAAAGACGGUGACCACCUAUCAUGUCAAAGUGUUUAGGAGCACAGUGCUUCGCAGCAACGGAAAAGCAGACACCUCCCCAGUAGAGGACUGUAUCGAAGAGCCAAUUGAGGCAGCUAGAUUCACAAUUGUCCGUAGAACGGUGAUAAGAAGUGACGGAAGCUCAGAGACCAGAGAGGAGCCUCGUUAUGAAUUGCCACAGGAUGCCAAACCGACAGUUGAAGCAGUCACUGAUAAGAAUGGCAAAGUAACAAGAAGAGUUCGCAAAGUGCCUAAACCAGUUGUAACAUAUCGCAAAGUUUACAGAAAAAUUAUUCUUGCUCCCGACGGUACUGAAGCUGGCGUGGAAGAGAAAGUGGAAGAGAGUAAGCGUGCAAGACGACCUUCUGAAGAGACUCCUGAAGAUGUCGAUGAUCCGAUGAACGUGGUGGAGGAGUUUUCAGAGCCCGACAGUAGUCCUUACAUUGACGACUCAGCUGAACCAACUGUGCAACACUAUGGCCAGAGAAAACCUGAAGAGGAAAAAGUUUUCACCAGACCGCAUUCGCAAGGUGAAAAAUCUCCGGAAUCGAAAAAGCAUCCCAAAGAUUCUCCUCACAAAGGUGCUGAGAUUGAUCAGCCAGUUUCAAGCCCUGUGGUAAAGAAAACAGUAGUGUUGAAAAAGAAAACUAUCCGAAAGAUCAUUGUGCUCCCAGACGGUACCCGAAAAGAGGUGGAAGAAGAAGUACCUGCUGAGGAUGAUUCUGAAAUGCCCAGCGACGAUGCACACGUUCCAUCAGUUUUAAGCCCUGUCGUAAAGAAAACUGUAGUGUUGAAGAAGAAAAUUAUCCGCAAGAUUGUUGUGCUUCCUGAUGGCACCCGAAAAGAGGUGGAAGAGGAAGUACCUGCUGAGGAGGAAUCCGAAAUGCCGUACAGUGAUGUUCCUUACACUCGGUCGGAAGACGAGCAUAGUAGCGUUUUCGGCAGUCAGACACAGAAAAUGCCGACUCCUGUGGAAAGGGUGUAUGUGACAAGAGUUUUGCGAAAACCCGACGGCAGUGAACACUUGAUAGACGAAUCUGAAACAGUGUUUCCGAUGGAAAUCACAUCUGAGGAUCUGCAGUCAGAAGUGGUGGAAAGCGAAGGCAAGGAUGAAAGAGGUGUUUUCAGAGUGGUAAAGAAGCCUUUGCAGUUAACAAGAAAGAAAACCACCACUUGCUUGAGCGAAGUGUUGCCUAGCGGUGACGAGAGAGAGAUAGAAAGGAGUGCGGAAGAAUCACCAGAGUCUGAACAGGAGCCUACCAAAUCCAGAAAGGUGGUCCGUUGUGAGAAGAAGCUGGCGAACGGAGAAACUGUUGUGGUCGAAGAAGCUCAUUACAUCAGUCCACUCACCUCAUCCCUGAGUGUACCAGCCAAACCUGAAAUCUCAGAAAGGACAUUGAGAGGAAAACCCGCUCGAGUGGUGUGCAGAAAGACGGUGACCACCUAUCAUGUCAAAGUGUUUAGGAGCACAGUGCUUCGCAGCAACGGAAAAGCAGACACCUCCCCAGUAGAGGACUGUAUCGAAGAGCCAAUUGAGGCAGCUAGAUUCACAAUUGUCCGUAGAACGGUGAUAAGAAGUGACGGAAGCUCAGAGACCAGAGAGGAGCCUCGUUAUGAAUUGCCACAGGAUGCCAAACCGACAGUUGAAGCAGUCACUGAUAAGAAUGGCAAAGUAACAAGAAGAGUUCGCAAAGUGCCUAAACCAGUUGUAACAUAUCGCAAAGUUUACAGAAAAAUUAUUCUUGCUCCCGACGGUACUGAAGCUGGCGUGGAAGAGAAAGUGGAAGAGAGUAAGCGUGCAAGACGACCUUCUGAAGAGACUCCUGAAGAUGUCGAUGAUCCGAUGAACGUGGUGGAGGAGUUUUCAGAGCCCGACAGUAGUCCUUACAUUGACGACUCAGCUGAACCAACUGUGCAACACUAUGGCCAGAGAAAACCUGAAGAGGAAAAAGUUUUCACCAGACCGCAUUCGCAAGGUGAAAAAUCUCCGGAAUCGAAAAAGCAUCCCAAAGAUUCUCCUCACAAAGGUGCUGAGAUUGAUCAGCCAGUUUCAAGCCCUGUGGUAAAGAAAACAGUAGUGUUGAAAAAGAAAACUAUCCGAAAGAUCAUUGUGCUCCCAGACGGUACCCGAAAAGAGGUGGAAGAAGAAGUACCUGCUGAGGAUGAUUCUGAAAUGCCCAGCGACGAUGCACACGUUCCAUCAGUUUUAAGCCCUGUCGUAAAGAAAACUGUAGUGUUGAAGAAGAAAAUUAUCCGCAAGAUUGUUGUGCUUCCUGAUGGCACCCGAAAAGAGGUGGAAGAGGAAGUACCUGCUGAGGAGGAAUCCGAAAUGCCGUACAGUGAUGUUCCUUACACUCGGUCGGAAGACGAGCAUAGUAGCGUUUUCGGCAGUCAGACACAGAAAAUGCCGACUCCUGUGGAAAGGGUGUAUGUGACAAGAGUUUUGCGAAAACCCGACGGCAGUGAACACUUGAUAGACGAAUCUGAAACAGUGUUUCCGAUGGAAAUCACAUCUGAGGAUCUGCAGUCAGAAGUGGUGGAAAGCGAAGGCAAGGAUGAAAGAGGUGUUUUCAGAGUGGUAAAGAAGCCUUUGCAGUUAACAAGAAAGAAAACCACCACUUGCUUGAGCGAAGUGUUGCCUAGCGGUGACGAGAGAGAGAUAGAAAGGAGUGCGGAAGAAUCACCAGAGUCUGAACAGGAGCCUACCAAAUCCAGAAAGGUGGUCCGUUGUGAGAAGAAGCUGGCGAACGGAGAAACUGUUGUGGUCGAAGAAGCUCAUUACAUCAGUCCACUCACCUCAUCCCUGAGUGUACCAGCCAAACCUGAAAUCUCAGAAAGGACAUUGAGAGGAAAACCCGCUCGAGUGGUGUGCAGAAAGACGGUGACCACCUAUCAUGUCAAAGUGUUUAGGAGCACAGUGCUUCGCAGCAACGGAAAAGCAGACACCUCCCCAGUAGAGGACUGUAUCGAAGAGCCAAUUGAGGCAGCUAGAUUCACAAUUGUCCGUAGAACGGUGAUAAGAAGUGACGGAAGCUCAGAGACCAGAGAGGAGCCUCGUUAUGAAUUGCCACAGGAUGCCAAACCGACAGUUGAAGCAGUCACUGAUAAGAAUGGCAAAGUAACAAGAAGAGUUCGCAAAGUGCCUAAACCAGUUGUAACAUAUCGCAAAGUUUACAGAAAAAUUAUUCUUGCUCCCGACGGUACUGAAGCUGGCGUGGAAGAGAAAGUGGAAGAGAGUAAGCGUGCAAGACGACCUUCUGAAGAGACUCCUGAAGAUGUCGAUGAUCCGAUGAACGUGGUGGAGGAGUUUUCAGAGCCCGACAGUAGUCCUUACAUUGACGACUCAGCUGAACCAACUGUGCAACACUAUGGCCAGAGAAAACCUGAAGAGGAAAAAGUUUUCACCAGACCGCAUUCGCAAGGUGAAAAAUCUCCGGAAUCGAAAAAGCAUCCCAAAGAUUCUCCUCACAAAGGUGCUGAGAUUGAUCAGCCAGUUUCAAGCCCUGUGGUAAAGAAAACAGUAGUGUUGAAAAAGAAAACUAUCCGAAAGAUCAUUGUGCUCCCAGACGGUACCCGAAAAGAGGUGGAAGAAGAAGUACCUGCUGAGGAUGAUUCUGAAAUGCCCAGCGACGAUGCACACGUUCCAUCAGUUUUAAGCCCUGUCGUAAAGAAAACUGUAGUGUUGAAGAAGAAAAUUAUCCGCAAGAUUGUUGUGCUUCCUGAUGGCACCCGAAAAGAGGUGGAAGAGGAAGUACCUGCUGAGGAGGAAUCCGAAAUGCCGUACAGUGAUGUUCCUUACACUCGGUCGGAAGACGAGCAUAGUAGCGUUUUCGGCAGUCAGACACAGAAAAUGCCGACUCCUGUGGAAAGGGUGUAUGUGACAAGAGUUUUGCGAAAACCCGACGGCAGUGAACACUUGAUAGACGAAUCUGAAACAGUGUUUCCGAUGGAAAUCACAUCUGAGGAUCUGCAGUCAGAAGUGGUGGAAAGCGAAGGCAAGGAUGAAAGAGGUGUUUUCAGAGUGGUAAAGAAGCCUUUGCAGUUAACAAGAAAGAAAACCACCACUUGCUUGAGCGAAGUGUUGCCUAGCGGUGACGAGAGAGAGAUAGAAAGGAGUGCGGAAGAAUCACCAGAGUCUGAACAGGAGCCUACCAAAUCCAGAAAGGUGGUCCGUUGUGAGAAGAAGCUGGCGAACGGAGAAACUGUUGUGGUCGAAGAAGCUCAUUACAUCAGUCCACUCACCUCAUCCCUGAGUGUACCAGCCAAACCUGAAAUCUCAGAAAGGACAUUGAGAGGAAAACCCGCUCGAGUGGUGUGCAGAAAGACGGUGACCACCUAUCAUGUCAAAGUGUUUAGGAGCACAGUGCUUCGCAGCAACGGAAAAGCAGACACCUCCCCAGUAGAGGACUGUAUCGAAGAGCCAAUUGAGGCAGCUAGAUUCACAAUUGUCCGUAGAACGGUGAUAAGAAGUGACGGAAGCUCAGAGACCAGAGAGGAGCCUCGUUAUGAAUUGCCACAGGAUGCCAAACCGACAGUUGAAGCAGUCACUGAUAAGAAUGGCAAAGUAACAAGAAGAGUUCGCAAAGUGCCUAAACCAGUUGUAACAUAUCGCAAAGUUUACAGAAAAAUUAUUCUUGCUCCCGACGGUACUGAAGCUGGCGUGGAAGAGAAAGUGGAAGAGAGUAAGCGUGCAAGACGACCUUCUGAAGAGACUCCUGAAGAUGUCGAUGAUCCGAUGAACGUGGUGGAGGAGUUUUCAGAGCCCGACAGUAGUCCUUACAUUGACGACUCAGCUGAACCAACUGUGCAACACUAUGGCCAGAGAAAACCUGAAGAGGAAAAAGUUUUCACCAGACCGCAUUCGCAAGGUGAAAAAUCUCCGGAAUCGAAAAAGCAUCCCAAAGAUUCUCCUCACAAAGGUGCUGAGAUUGAUCAGCCAGUUUCAAGCCCUGUGGUAAAGAAAACAGUAGUGUUGAAAAAGAAAACUAUCCGAAAGAUCAUUGUGCUCCCAGACGGUACCCGAAAAGAGGUGGAAGAAGAAGUACCUGCUGAGGAUGAUUCUGAAAUGCCCAGCGACGAUGCACACGUUCCAUCAGUUUUAAGCCCUGUCGUAAAGAAAACUGUAGUGUUGAAGAAGAAAAUUAUCCGCAAGAUUGUUGUGCUUCCUGAUGGCACCCGAAAAGAGGUGGAAGAGGAAGUACCUGCUGAGGAGGAAUCCGAAAUGCCGUACAGUGAUGUUCCUUACACUCGGUCGGAAGACGAGCAUAGUAGCGUUUUCGGCAGUCAGACACAGAAAAUGCCGACUCCUGUGGAAAGGGUGUAUGUGACAAGAGUUUUGCGAAAACCCGACGGCAGUGAACACUUGAUAGACGAAUCUGAAACAGUGUUUCCGAUGGAAAUCACAUCUGAGGAUCUGCAGUCAGAAGUGGUGGAAAGCGAAGGCAAGGAUGAAAGAGGUGUUUUCAGAGUGGUAAAGAAGCCUUUGCAGUUAACAAGAAAGAAAACCACCACUUGCUUGAGCGAAGUGUUGCCUAGCGGUGACGAGAGAGAGAUAGAAAGGAGUGCGGAAGAAUCACCAGAGUCUGAACAGGAGCCUACCAAAUCCAGAAAGGUGGUCCGUUGUGAGAAGAAGCUGGCGAACGGAGAAACUGUUGUGGUCGAAGAAGCUCAUUACAUCAGUCCACUCACCUCAUCCCUGAGUGUACCAGCCAAACCUGAAAUCUCAGAAAGGACAUUGAGAGGAAAACCCGCUCGAGUGGUGUGCAGAAAGACGGUGACCACCUAUCAUGUCAAAGUGUUUAGGAGCACAGUGCUUCGCAGCAACGGAAAAGCAGACACCUCCCCAGUAGAGGACUGUAUCGAAGAGCCAAUUGAGGCAGCUAGAUUCACAAUUGUCCGUAGAACGGUGAUAAGAAGUGACGGAAGCUCAGAGACCAGAGAGGAGCCUCGUUAUGAAUUGCCACAGGAUGCCAAACCGACAGUUGAAGCAGUCACUGAUAAGAAUGGCAAAGUAACAAGAAGAGUUCGCAAAGUGCCUAAACCAGUUGUAACAUAUCGCAAAGUUUACAGAAAAAUUAUUCUUGCUCCCGACGGUACUGAAGCUGGCGUGGAAGAGAAAGUGGAAGAGAGUAAGCGUGCAAGACGACCUUCUGAAGAGACUCCUGAAGAUGUCGAUGAUCCGAUGAACGUGGUGGAGGAGUUUUCAGAGCCCGACAGUAGUCCUUACAUUGACGACUCAGCUGAACCAACUGUGCAACACUAUGGCCAGAGAAAACCUGAAGAGGAAAAAGUUUUCACCAGACCGCAUUCGCAAGGUGAAAAAUCUCCGGAAUCGAAAAAGCAUCCCAAAGAUUCUCCUCACAAAGGUGCUGAGAUUGAUCAGCCAGUUUCAAGCCCUGUGGUAAAGAAAACAGUAGUGUUGAAAAAGAAAACUAUCCGAAAGAUCAUUGUGCUCCCAGACGGUACCCGAAAAGAGGUGGAAGAAGAAGUACCUGCUGAGGAUGAUUCUGAAAUGCCCAGCGACGAUGCACACGUUCCAUCAGUUUUAAGCCCUGUCGUAAAGAAAACUGUAGUGUUGAAGAAGAAAAUUAUCCGCAAGAUUGUUGUGCUUCCUGAUGGCACCCGAAAAGAGGUGGAAGAGGAAGUACCUGCUGAGGAGGAAUCCGAAAUGCCGUACAGUGAUGUUCCUUACACUCGGUCGGAAGACGAGCAUAGUAGCGUUUUCGGCAGUCAGACACAGAAAAUGCCGACUCCUGUGGAAAGGGUGUAUGUGACAAGAGUUUUGCGAAAACCCGACGGCAGUGAACACUUGAUAGACGAAUCUGAAACAGUGUUUCCGAUGGAAAUCACAUCUGAGGAUCUGCAGUCAGAAGUGGUGGAAAGCGAAGGCAAGGAUGAAAGAGGUGUUUUCAGAGUGGUAAAGAAGCCUUUGCAGUUAACAAGAAAGAAAACCACCACUUGCUUGAGCGAAGUGUUGCCUAGCGGUGACGAGAGAGAGAUAGAAAGGAGUGCGGAAGAAUCACCAGAGUCUGAACAGGAGCCUACCAAAUCCAGAAAGGUGGUCCGUUGUGAGAAGAAGCUGGCGAACGGAGAAACUGUUGUGGUCGAAGAAGCUCAUUACAUCAGUCCACUCACCUCAUCCCUGAGUGUACCAGCCAAACCUGAAAUCUCAGAAAGGACAUUGAGAGGAAAACCCGCUCGAGUGGUGUGCAGAAAGACGGUGACCACCUAUCAUGUCAAAGUGUUUAGGAGCACAGUGCUUCGCAGCAACGGAAAAGCAGACACCUCCCCAGUAGAGGACUGUAUCGAAGAGCCAAUUGAGGCAGCUAGAUUCACAAUUGUCCGUAGAACGGUGAUAAGAAGUGACGGAAGCUCAGAGACCAGAGAGGAGCCUCGUUAUGAAUUGCCACAGGAUGCCAAACCGACAGUUGAAGCAGUCACUGAUAAGAAUGGCAAAGUAACAAGAAGAGUUCGCAAAGUGCCUAAACCAGUUGUAACAUAUCGCAAAGUUUACAGAAAAAUUAUUCUUGCUCCCGACGGUACUGAAGCUGGCGUGGAAGAGAAAGUGGAAGAGAGUAAGCGUGCAAGACGACCUUCUGAAGAGACUCCUGAAGAUGUCGAUGAUCCGAUGAACGUGGUGGAGGAGUUUUCAGAGCCCGACAGUAGUCCUUACAUUGACGACUCAGCUGAACCAACUGUGCAACACUAUGGCCAGAGAAAACCUGAAGAGGAAAAAGUUUUCACCAGACCGCAUUCGCAAGGUGAAAAAUCUCCGGAAUCGAAAAAGCAUCCCAAAGAUUCUCCUCACAAAGGUGCUGAGAUUGAUCAGCCAGUUUCAAGCCCUGUGGUAAAGAAAACAGUAGUGUUGAAAAAGAAAACUAUCCGAAAGAUCAUUGUGCUCCCAGACGGUACCCGAAAAGAGGUGGAAGAAGAAGUACCUGCUGAGGAUGAUUCUGAAAUGCCCAGCGACGAUGCACACGUUCCAUCAGUUUUAAGCCCUGUCGUAAAGAAAACUGUAGUGUUGAAGAAGAAAAUUAUCCGCAAGAUUGUUGUGCUUCCUGAUGGCACCCGAAAAGAGGUGGAAGAGGAAGUACCUGCUGAGGAGGAAUCCGAAAUGCCGUACAGUGAUGUUCCUUACACUCGGUCGGAAGACGAGCAUAGUAGCGUUUUCGGCAGUCAGACACAGAAAAUGCCGACUCCUGUGGAAAGGGUGUAUGUGACAAGAGUUUUGCGAAAACCCGACGGCAGUGAACACUUGAUAGACGAAUCUGAAACAGUGUUUCCGAUGGAAAUCACAUCUGAGGAUCUGCAGUCAGAAGUGGUGGAAAGCGAAGGCAAGGAUGAAAGAGGUGUUUUCAGAGUGGUAAAGAAGCCUUUGCAGUUAACAAGAAAGAAAACCACCACUUGCUUGAGCGAAGUGUUGCCUAGCGGUGACGAGAGAGAGAUAGAAAGGAGUGCGGAAGAAUCACCAGAGUCUGAACAGGAGCCUACCAAAUCCAGAAAGGUGGUCCGUUGUGAGAAGAAGCUGGCGAACGGAGAAACUGUUGUGGUCGAAGAAGCUCAUUACAUCAGUCCACUCACCUCAUCCCUGAGUGUACCAGCCAAACCUGAAAUCUCAGAAAGGACAUUGAGAGGAAAACCCGCUCGAGUGGUGUGCAGAAAGACGGUGACCACCUAUCAUGUCAAAGUGUUUAGGAGCACAGUGCUUCGCAGCAACGGAAAAGCAGACACCUCCCCAGUAGAGGACUGUAUCGAAGAGCCAAUUGAGGCAGCUAGAUUCACAAUUGUCCGUAGAACGGUGAUAAGAAGUGACGGAAGCUCAGAGACCAGAGAGGAGCCUCGUUAUGAAUUGCCACAGGAUGCCAAACCGACAGUUGAAGCAGUCACUGAUAAGAAUGGCAAAGUAACAAGAAGAGUUCGCAAAGUGCCUAAACCAGUUGUAACAUAUCGCAAAGUUUACAGAAAAAUUAUUCUUGCUCCCGACGGUACUGAAGCUGGCGUGGAAGAGAAAGUGGAAGAGAGUAAGCGUGCAAGACGACCUUCUGAAGAGACUCCUGAAGAUGUCGAUGAUCCGAUGAACGUGGUGGAGGAGUUUUCAGAGCCCGACAGUAGUCCUUACAUUGACGACUCAGCUGAACCAACUGUGCAACACUAUGGCCAGAGAAAACCUGAAGAGGAAAAAGUUUUCACCAGACCGCAUUCGCAAGGUGAAAAAUCUCCGGAAUCGAAAAAGCAUCCCAAAGAUUCUCCUCACAAAGGUGCUGAGAUUGAUCAGCCAGUUUCAAGCCCUGUGGUAAAGAAAACAGUAGUGUUGAAAAAGAAAACUAUCCGAAAGAUCAUUGUGCUCCCAGACGGUACCCGAAAAGAGGUGGAAGAAGAAGUACCUGCUGAGGAUGAUUCUGAAAUGCCCAGCGACGAUGCACACGUUCCAUCAGUUUUAAGCCCUGUCGUAAAGAAAACUGUAGUGUUGAAGAAGAAAAUUAUCCGCAAGAUUGUUGUGCUUCCUGAUGGCACCCGAAAAGAGGUGGAAGAGGAAGUACCUGCUGAGGAGGAAUCCGAAAUGCCGUACAGUGAUGUUCCUUACACUCGGUCGGAAGACGAGCAUAGUAGCGUUUUCGGCAGUCAGACACAGAAAAUGCCGACUCCUGUGGAAAGGGUGUAUGUGACAAGAGUUUUGCGAAAACCCGACGGCAGUGAACACUUGAUAGACGAAUCUGAAACAGUGUUUCCGAUGGAAAUCACAUCUGAGGAUCUGCAGUCAGAAGUGGUGGAAAGCGAAGGCAAGGAUGAAAGAGGUGUUUUCAGAGUGGUAAAGAAGCCUUUGCAGUUAACAAGAAAGAAAACCACCACUUGCUUGAGCGAAGUGUUGCCUAGCGGUGACGAGAGAGAGAUAGAAAGGAGUGCGGAAGAAUCACCAGAGUCUGAACAGGAGCCUACCAAAUCCAGAAAGGUGGUCCGUUGUGAGAAGAAGCUGGCGAACGGAGAAACUGUUGUGGUCGAAGAAGCUCAUUACAUCAGUCCACUCACCUCAUCCCUGAGUGUACCAGCCAAACCUGAAAUCUCAGAAAGGACAUUGAGAGGAAAACCCGCUCGAGUGGUGUGCAGAAAGACGGUGACCACCUAUCAUGUCAAAGUGUUUAGGAGCACAGUGCUUCGCAGCAACGGAAAAGCAGACACCUCCCCAGUAGAGGACUGUAUCGAAGAGCCAAUUGAGGCAGCUAGAUUCACAAUUGUCCGUAGAACGGUGAUAAGAAGUGACGGAAGCUCAGAGACCAGAGAGGAGCCUCGUUAUGAAUUGCCACAGGAUGCCAAACCGACAGUUGAAGCAGUCACUGAUAAGAAUGGCAAAGUAACAAGAAGAGUUCGCAAAGUGCCUAAACCAGUUGUAACAUAUCGCAAAGUUUACAGAAAAAUUAUUCUUGCUCCCGACGGUACUGAAGCUGGCGUGGAAGAGAAAGUGGAAGAGAGUAAGCGUGCAAGACGACCUUCUGAAGAGACUCCUGAAGAUGUCGAUGAUCCGAUGAACGUGGUGGAGGAGUUUUCAGAGCCCGACAGUAGUCCUUACAUUGACGACUCAGCUGAACCAACUGUGCAACACUAUGGCCAGAGAAAACCUGAAGAGGAAAAAGUUUUCACCAGACCGCAUUCGCAAGGUGAAAAAUCUCCGGAAUCGAAAAAGCAUCCCAAAGAUUCUCCUCACAAAGGUGCUGAGAUUGAUCAGCCAGUUUCAAGCCCUGUGGUAAAGAAAGCAGUAGUGUUGAAAAAGAAAACUAUCCGAAAGUUCAUUGUGCUCCCAGACGGUACCCGAAAAGAGGUGGAAGAAGAAGUACCUGCUGAGGAUGUUUCUGAAAUGCCUUAUGAUAAUGUGUUUACUUCUUUCUCAGAUGUUUUGUUGCCAUCAAAUAUGCGCUUAUCAGAUCAGUUGCUAGUAUUGUAUCCAGAUGGUUGUUAUUAUGAUGCUAUUUCAAAAUUUACCUCAGAUUUUACUGGGGAUAUUAAAGAUUUAUUUUUAACCAUUUGUAAUGAGUCUCUUUCUAAAUGUUACUAUAUACCAGUAGAACGUCGUAUUAUGAAAAAGUUUUUAUUACAAUCUUCGAUUUCACCUGAACAAUUAUUAUUUGAGGAAGUUUCAGUACUUCCUUUAGGUGUUGUUGAUGGUAAGCCUUCUCAUACAAUUUCUGAACACUUUACUGAAUUGCAAAAAGUUAAGGUCAAUCCUGAUAACUCUGAGGAUAUUGUGGAAGCUUUACGGCAGCCAGGUUUUGAAGUUUUUGAUGAAAGUCAGGAUGAUCCUCAAUAUUUUACUUUAAAUGUUUCUUGUGAUUCUACCGAAACAAAAUCUUUAGUAAAGAAACCCCUUGUGAUUACCCCACUAUAUUUGUCUCGUUUCGAAUAUAAAGUUGAAGAACCUGUUGAUUUGAGUUCAUCUUUUGUAGUGAGAAACAAAACUUGUUCUAUUUCAAAAAGAGUUGAUAACUGUACAUUCUAUCAAAAUGGCUCUGAUCCUAUUGUUAUAUCUGUUAUUUCUGUCCCAUAUGAAAUUAAUCAAAGCGAUUUGUGUCAUCCUAGUAAUGAUUCCAAUGUUCAAUCUGACAGUUUUAAGAUCAAUAAUUAUUCUAUUAUUCUUAAAAAGUUGGAAAGAAAUCAAUCUGGAGUAUUAUGUAAGGUUGUCAUUGAACGUCCUGUUUAUGUUGUUACACAAAGAACAGUUUAUCAUAAAAUUGUUUUAACACCAAAACGUGAUGUUAAAGAAGUUGUAGAAAAUCAAGAAUUAAUGCCAAUUGAAAUACCUGAAUCAGUUUUGGCUCCUUGCUUAUUAGAUAGGAUUGUGAAUCCUCAAAACGAAUCCCUUCCUCACAGCAGUGAUGCAGAAAUUGUAGAGCGAAUAUUAACUGAACGCUUUGUUCGCCAAGAAGAUGGAAAAGAAAAGUUGAUUGAUAUGUUUGAAUUGAUUAAUCCAAUUGAUGAAAAAGCAAUCAUUAAACAAGAUAAAAUAUCUGGUAAAAAAAUAUGCCUUACUGAACAGGUAAAGGUUACACGAAGAAUGGUUAAAGAUGGAAUUAAUGAGAAAGAAGUUGAAAAAUUACUUGAAAAAGCAAAUGAUCCUUUUGAAAAUGAUCCAGAUGUGUAUACAGACUUAACAUAUUUUGUCAAAGUUGGUGAUAAGCCCAGAGUAAUUGAAGUGUUGCAAAGCAAAUUUCCUUAUGUAAUGAUCGUAAAGAAAGACUUCAAGAAUGUUGUUGACCAAAAGAAAAAGUCAGAGAAAAAGCUUAUACAUACUUUAAUAACAAAAAAAACAUUUACUCGCAAAACAAUUGAUUCGCCUAAAAAAGGCGCGAAGGCAUUAGAAGAAGAUACUUUUGAGAUACCAAUAGAAUUCAGUCAAAAAGCUCCUGUGCUAUCCAAUAAAGAAAUUAAGGAUGGUAAAGGCACCCUAAUCAAGCGUAUAGUUUACAAACCUAAGAGUGUGAUAACAAAGAGAAUGAUUUAUAAAAAGUUGAUUUACACUCCUCAAGAAGUAAAUGAUUUACCUUCUUUUGUUAAUACUAAUGAUUCUAAAUUAUUGGAAAAUAAAAACAUUUCUAAAUCUAACUCACCCACAUCUAAACGAAAUUUGCCUACUUCUAAGUUAAGCUUGCCUAGUAAAGAUAAACCUGAAUCAAGUCCUAAAAAAAUCCCUAGUUCUGUUACAAAAAAAGCUAAUAAACAGGUCAAACCAUCAGAUGUAUCUGAAAAAGAUAAAUCUAAUUCUUCUGUUGAUCCGAAAGCAAAGAAAGUUGAGCCUAUUGAUGAUGAGGUAUUAGAACCUAUAUCAGUUACUGGUGAAGAGCAGUCACCUAUUAUUUUAGAUGACUUUGGAGAUAUAACUCAAGUAGUUCAACCACUUGAUUCCUAUGACUUUGAAGAUUCACCUCAUAGGCCUAAGCUUUAUUCUUUGACAGAUGAUGAUAGGUCAAAGUUAGUUAAUCAACUCUUCAGAGCUCCAAGUGCUUUGGAAGAUGAUGAUUUAGAAGAAAUAAGAAUAAAACGUUUGCCAAAAAAGGUUAAAGAUUCUGCUAAAAUUUUACCAUAUGACCAAAGAAAGAAAGAGUUACUGGAUCCUUUAAGAAAUAAAUCAACUGAAUUGCUUUUAAACUUUGGAAAACAAAGAAACGAAAUAAAUGAAAUAUGGUGUUAUAUUGUUUCAGAUUUUUCUGUUGAUCUUUCAUAUGAAGAGUUUAUAAUUUGGCUUAGUUUUGUUGAAAAUGAAGUUUCUUCAUUAAAGUUGAUUUCUGCCAAAUAUGAAUCACUUGUUAAAAUUAAGGAAUACAAAGAGGAAUUUCAUAAAGAGCUAGUUAAAUAUAAACCAGUCAUUGCAAAGAUUGAAAAAGUAAGACCUGCACUUCUUGAGAAACUAUCUAAUGAUGCAGAUAGGGAUCAGUUAUCUAAAGAACUACUUGAAAUUACUACUCGGUUCAAAAAAGUUUAUCCUUUGUCAGAAGAAUGUCUUAAAGAAAUUUCUGAUAUUACUCCAUUAUCAAAAGAGCAUGAGGAUUGUUUCUUACCUGUCAGUACUGUAAUAAAUGAAAUUGAAGAAGACUUGAAAUAUAGACCUAGAAUAGGGGUGGAUUUAACCAAGAUAAAUGAUGAAGUAGCUAGAAUAAAGACUGUAAAAGAGAAACUUGAUAAAAGCAAACCAUUAGUUCGUAAACUGAAAAAUUCUUAUUUCAAUUUGCAUAAAUAUUCUACAACAAAAGUGGAGAAGAAAGAAAUUGAGGAAGAAGCUUUAACUGCAAUUGAAAAAAAUGAUGAGUUGCAGCAUUCCCUUGAUCAAUAUUUAGAAGAACUUGAUGUUCAUAAAAAACAAACGCAAAAGUUUUUUGAAAACUUUGAUUGUAUCAGAAGUUGGGUGCCUAACAUAAAACAUAAAAUACGAGCUAUUGAACCUGUUUCGAAAACACGCAAAGAUUUAAAGGACCAGCUUAAACAACUGGAGGCAAUGAAGAGCGAAAUUGAAGAAAAAAGACCAAUUAUAUUUUCUGUAGAUGAAGCUGGUCAAUGGCUUUUAAAACAUACAAGACCUUCUGACAAAACUAGAAAAGAAGAUUUAACUGUUAAUGAAAUUGAAGACAAAAUGUUAGAAGUUUCAAAAAUAGUCGGCCAGCUUAAUGAAGAGAUUAGCAGUCGACGUCACAGUAUAAAUGCAAUGCUUUCUAAAGUGGAAACUUUUGAAGAGUCCAUAGCAGAUUUUGAUAAGUGGUUGAUUUCUGCAGAGAAAUCAAUAUCAUCUCAAAAACCAGUAUCUGUUAAUCUUGAUGAACUGAAAGAUCAAGUAUUAAAACAUGAGGCUAUACAUGAAGAUAUAUUGCAACAUGAAUCACUCAUCUCUUCAUUGAGCCAUGCUGGUCAGCUUCUUACUGAUGACUUGUCUAAAAAAGAUGCUGUAAGUUCAAGUGUAAAACCAUUGACUGAUCGUUAUAACAAGUUGUGUAUUAUGUCAAAUGAGCGUCAAGAAUUACUUAGAAAGGUGUUGCCUCUUUUAAGAGGUUAUCUUAAUCUCAACAAAGAUGUAGAGGAAGCCAUUGCACAAGCUGAACCAGUUUUAAAAUCAAUUCAACCUGUUGGUAUUGAGCUUGAAAAAGCAAUUCAAACUGCACAUGAUAUAAAACAUGCGAUUGACGUGCUGGAUCAAAAGGAACCUUCUGUUGUUCAUCUAAUAGAAGAUAUUCAAUUUGUUGAGGAAUGUAUGCCAGCCAAGCAAGUUGCACCACUUAAGAAAAUAGCUAUGGCAAAUGCUUCUAAAUUUAAUGACUUAAGAGCAAAACUAAAAGAAAGAGACCAUUUAUUGAAUCAAGAAACAGCAGACUCUGAAAGGUUUAUUGAAUUGACAUCAUUGUUAGGAGUCAAAACAAAAAAAGCUGAAUCAAUGCUUAAAGAUAUUAAAGUUCUUGGUAAAAAUAUUGACACUUUAGAAAAUGCUCUUGAUAAAGUGAAGGAAAUUUUUAUUAUAAUUGAAGAAAUCUAUGAGAUUAUCCCAGAGGUAGAGAAAAUGACAGUUCUACUUACUACUUAUUGCAAAAAUGAUUCAAAAUCAUUAAAAGUGAUUGAUUCAAAAAUAUCAGAGUUAAAAACAACAAAGAAAAAUGUUGCUACUCUAUUGAAAACAGCCAAAGAUGAAGAGAGUGCAUUUUUAAAGCUUCAUCAGAACAAUAAAGAGCUUGAAGACCAUCUUCAAGAUAUUUCCCUAUGGCUUCCAAGUAUUGAAGCAGAGGUUGUAAAAACAACACCUUUAUCUGCUCUCUGGACUAUACUUAAAAAACAGCAUGAUGAGAAUGGGCCAAUUUAUCAGGAUAUCCUUCAGCAUGAACCUAUGUUGAAUCAUGUUUUAAAAACUGCAAAGCAACUUUUAAAAAAUAAGAAAUCCGGUGAAGAGCGUGAUCGUCUAGAGAAAACGGUUAAAAAUGUAGAAGAAAGGUGGAGUAGUUUAAAGGAGAAAGUAAUAAGACGUCAUAAACAAAUUCAGAGAGUUAUGCCUGAGGCAAAUAUUCUUAAUAAUGAGUUAGAGUACUUUUUGACAUGGCUAGAACAAAUGGAAAAAAAUAUAAAAUUGCUUCCAGUUUUAUGCUGUGAUUAUGAAGAAACUAUUCAAAGAAAAAGAACUUUGCAGGAUUUUGCAAAAGAAGUUGAGCUGCAUGAAUCUGUUCAAAAGAAAGUUAACACCAUAGUAGCAAAGUAUUUAAUUCUUUGUACGAGUCAACCUGCAGACGAACCAGUACUAGACCAAGAUCAGCUUCAGCGACAAUUUGAUCAUUCCUCCAUGAGAUACAGCAAUUUACAAAUACAAGUUAAAGAUUUAAUGGAGCAAACUGAACGAUUAGAGACAUGCUUAAAAACAAUUUUCGAAAAGGAAAAACUUUUAAAUGAAUUUUGUAGUGAAGUUAAUAGAACAUUGGAUAAUCAAAAGUUUGUCAAUCAUAAUACUCUGAAAUGUAAAGAAGAAGCUGCCAAAAUUUUAGUAUUACUUGCACAAGUUGAUAAACAUGAAGAAGAUUUACAGGCAAUUAAUGCAAGCAGUCAUAUUGUAGAACAACUACUGGAUAGGUUUAAAGUUGAUACCACAAAAUCAAAACAGUUACCUAAAGACGUUAACAAUAAAUUUCAAAAAUUGCGUCAUAAGUUAGCAGAGCGCCAGCUUGCAAUUGAUGAAGUAAUUGUAAAAGUUAUGGAAUUUGAAACAAAUUUACGAGAUAAACAGAAAACUGUUUUUGAAAUUGAAAAGAAAACUGAGCCUAUGUUUUUAAAAUCUCAACCAAUGACAGGUGAUAGAGUUAAAGAAGAAAUUGAUUGUGUGGCUAGUUUCCUUGACCAGUUAAACAGUUCACAAUUGGAACUGGAUAAUGAAUAUAUUGUUGGUGAUUGGUUAAUAGGAAAGUCUAAUAGAGACCCUUGUAUUGUACAAGACAUUCAAAUGCGACUAAAUGAAGUUAAGAAUCCUAAAGAAAAAUUGAUCAAGAAAUUGACAAGCUACAAAACUCAUUUGGCUGAGACACUUCAACAGUUUCAAGUACUUUCAGAGAAACUUAAUAGUUUUGAAGAAAAGAUACAUGUGGCUGAGGAGCAACUAUCUUCUUUAAACCCAAUAUCAGCAAAAUUUAUUGUAGCAAGAGCUCAGCAAGAACAAUUCAAACCUAUACUAAAUGAUGUCAUGUCUCUAAUGGCAACAAAAAAUAUCAUUGAAAGUGAAUAUAACAAACUGUUGCAGAAAAAAAAUGAUGACAUUGAAAAAAACACUGGUGUAGAAAAGAAAAUUUCAGAUACGCUUCAUCGAUGGGCUGAAGUAUAUGUAAUAAUGUCUAAUUACCAGCAACAACUGACAUCAAUAUUACCACUGGAAGGCAACUACCACUUUUCUUUCAUGAAACUUCAACCUUGGUUAGAUAGCGCUGAAAAACAACUUGAAGUAAUAAAGAAAGAAGCAGUUCAGACGAACACUUUUGUUGAUAUAUCUAGCUUAGUAAAAAAUUUUCAAAGAGAUGUCAUUGAUCAUCAACCAACUUAUCAAGAUUAUAAUACUAGCUCCUCAAAAUUACUAAAUAAGUGCUCUGAAAUUGACAUAAAAACUGAUGUUGGUUACAUUGUUGAUGAAGUAAAUCAUGUGAAUCAAAGAUGGGACAGGCUUCGCAGUGGUAUUGAUGAUGUUAACAGAGCUACUGCAUACUUGAAAAAAGCAUUAAAUGACUUUGAUAAAAUUUGUGAGCCUGUUGUUGAAUGCAUAGACAGUAUUAAGGUUGCACUUGAUGAACAAAUUCCAGUUGGUUUGGACCUUGACUCAUUGGAAUUUUUCCAAAAUGAAUUAGAUUCAAAUGUUGAAUCAAUGCAUGAAAAUGAACUUUGUCUCAAAGAAGUUGAAAAAAAAUUAGAAGAUGUUACUUCAGUGAUUGAAAAAUAUGGUGGUGAUGCCACUAAUGUUAAGAAGAAAUAUAAUGAUCUCAAUAAAUCCUGGAAAAAUAUUAACAAUGAGAUUAUCGCUAAACGAGAUAAGUGUAAACAGUAUAUGAAUCAGGUUAUCAGAUUUGUUAAUGGUGUUAAUGAUUUAGAUAAUUGGGUAAAUGCAAAUAGUAUUGCUGUAACAAAUCUGAAACCAACAAGUGCCACACCUGAUGGUGUUAAAAAGCAACUUGAGCAAAUUGACUAUUUUAUGGAAGAGAUAAAUAACCAGAAGACAAAGUUGUCUAACAUAGAAGAUGUAGCAGAUUGGUUAGGAGAUGAAAAGAAAGAUAAUCCUGUUUUCUGCUCCAAUCUUAAAAAUAAACUAAAUAAAGUUGAUCAACCACUUGACCAAAUUCGAAAGUUGCUUGUUGAUAAAAAGAGCAAGCUGCAGACUGUUUUAGCAGAAGCACAAGAUUUUCAAUUUGCAUUUAAUGAUGUUUCUGUAGAGCUUGAUAAGUUAUUUGGGAAACAAGAAAAUCAAAAACCUGUUAGCGUUGCUUGGAAGGUUCUAAAAUUACAAAAUGAUGAACAUGCUGUAAUUGAAAAAGAAAUUGAUGCAAUGAAACCUAUUCAUGACAAAAUCGUUACUUUGGGAAGCAAAAUCAUUAAAGAUUCAUUGCAUUCUUCAGAAACAAUUGAAUUAGAGGAUAGACUUACAACUCUUAAGAAACGCUAUACUGAAUUAAUACAGGCAGCGUUACUAAGGAGGGGUGUUAUUAACAAACUUUCUCCGAAUUCAGAAAAAUUUUUCAAUAAAGAAGACGAUUUGUCAGAUUGGUUAGAUGAAGUUGAGAAAAGUAUUGAAGAGUUUAAUUUAAUACCAUUAUCCUUUGAAGAUGUAUCAAAGAUGGAUGAUAAAAUAAAUCAUUUAGAUCAGGAUAUUGCUAAAAAACAAUCAGAAUAUGAAGAAAUUCUAUCUAUUAGCGAAAGUUUAUUUUCACAAGCAACUCAAGAGCAAGUUAAUAGAGAUGUAAUUGAAACAGAGAAAAAAUUAACUACUGUUUCUGAACGCUGGAGAAAGUUAAAUGCAAAAUGUGCUAGCCGAAAAGAACGCAUCAAAAAAUAUAAAGAGCUUUUUAAAACAAUUUCUCUAACAAUAGACCAACUAAAAAAUACAAUAAAUUCUUUUGAAAAGCUAAUAGAAGCUCUUCCUCCGCACAGUGUCGAUGCAAACAAAACUGAAGCAGCUUUGAAAAAGAUUACUGAAAUUUUUAAUGAAUUGAUUUCACAUGAACAGCAACUAGAAAUGUUGGAUUCAACAAGUAAUGCACUUAUUACUUUGAUUGAUUCAGAUGAUGUCAAUAGGUCAGGUGUCAGCACCUCUGUAAAAUCACAAGUCAUUGGAAUUAAAGAUAAUUUUAAAAAGCUGAAGAAUUAUGUGCAAGAUCAAAAAUGUAAUCUGGAAAAAAAAUCUAAGGUUGUAUAUCAAUUUAAUAAUAUCUUGCAACAAGUAAAUGAUCGAUGCAAUGCUGCUAGCAAUGAAAUUGGGUUACUGGCACCUGUUAGUAAGGAGCCAGAAGAAGCCAAAAAACAGAUCCAAAAAAUUGAUAAUUUACUAGAAGAUUUAAUUCAUCAGCGUACAGCUCUUUUAUCUGCUGAGGAAAGCGGAAAAUGGCUUACUGAAAAUUGUCUCGAUGAUAAAGAUAUUAGAGCUGAUGUUCGAACAUAUCUUGCAAAAGUAUAUUCUCCUCUAGAAGCUUUAGAAAGUAAACUAAAAGAAAGAAAAUUAAGACUUGAAAAUGCUGUUAUGAGAGGACAAGAAUUUGAUAAGUCACUUGGUGAUCUUACAGAUAAGUUUAGUUCUUUAGAGUUUCAAGUUCAGCGACAAAGUAUGAUAUCUGUUGAGUUUAAUAAACUUUCAUUACAGCAACAAGAACAAAAGAUGUUAUUAAAAGAAUUGAAAAAUUUGAAAGUUUCAUUUGAGCAUUUAAUAAACAGUGCUGAUAAAGUGUUAAACUCUUUGGAAACUGAGAAAGAAAAAGAAUUAACAGAAUUAAAAUUAAAAGAUGUUAAAAAUAAUUGGGAAAAUCUUUCCAAAUGUGUUUACCAUCGAUUAGAUGUCAUAGAUAAAAUUGAGCCUUUAUCAGUAUCUCAUCAUAAAGCAAAAAAGCAGGUUGAAGAACGUCUGCUAGAUAAUGAAUCAAUUCUUAAAGAUCUUGAACAAGUUCCUGUGACAAGAGAAGAACUUUUUAAGUUUAAAAAAGCAGUAAAUAAACUUAGUUUUGCAGCUGAAAACCAUGCAAAUGAUCAAAAAACUUUAAAUGAGAGUUUAGAAAAACUUAGCUCAGUUUCAAAUGAACAUCCAAAGGAAGUAACAAAUCUUCAAGAUGUAACUGAAGAUACAAAUAAAUUAAAUAAAAGAUGGUCAAAACUGGAAAAAGAAAUUUUAAUUUUCAAAUCACGAGUUGAUACUUUGUCAGUUGUUAUUAAUAAAUACUUUAAUGGCUACAAUGCUGUUGAUAAAGCAAUUGAUGAUUUAUCAAGUUCAUUAAAGUAUCAACCAUCUUUUGGCAUUGAUAACGAUUUAGCCCAAAGAGAAUUAGAAAAAAUAAAAGCAAAUAUUGACCUAUGUAGCAAAAUUAAAGAAGAUCUUGAUGUAGUAGUUUGUUCUUCAACUGAAUUUGAGAAGGUUGUUGAUGAGUAUGAUGGUGAUAGUUUGUCUGUUAAGGAAUCAACAAAAAGACUAAAUUCCAAAAUGAAAGAUGUUCAAGAUCAACUGCUUGUUAAGAAAGAUGAUGUUGAAAAAAAGUAUAAAGUGUUAUUGCAGUUCCUCGAUACAUUAAAAUUGGUUAAUGAUUGGAACAACAGUUCUAAUCAAAAGCUUGUUACUGUUGGCUCAGUUAAACUCACAUCAGAUCAAAUUAAAGCUCAGCUUGAAGUUGUGAAUGGUUUAGAAGAAGAGUUGUCUCGCAUACGUCCAAGAAUGCAGGUUUUACAAGAUUCUGCAAACUGGUUAAUUGAUAAAAAUGGUGAUGAUCGUGUUGCAGUUAAUAGCAUAAAAAAUAAACUUGAUGCUGUAAUUAAUCCUAUAAAUGAAUUAGCAAAAAAAUUGAAUGAAAAACAAAAUAUUCUUCAAUCCUCAUUGUUACAAACACAAGACUUUGAAACAAUACUGAAUGAUGGCUCUGAUAAAUUGUCAAAAGCAGAAGUGAUGAUGAGCAGAGAAAAACCACUUUCCUUAAAAUAUUGCAUACUAUGGAAACAAGAUGAAAAUUUUCGUGCUUUUGAAGUUGACACAUUACAAAUAAAUCCGAUUAUUGAAACGCUGGUGAAAUCUGCAAAAAAUAUUAUGGAUUUAUCAGACGGACAAAAAGAUGCAGAUAACAAAGUUAAAGAAUUAAUUAAACGAAGAGAUAUCCUUUGUAAUAAAAUUAAAGAUAGGCGUGAUGAAUUUAAUGUUCUAUUACCCGUAGCUAAAGAGUAUGAAGCAAUAGAAGACAUCUUUAAAAAAAUAGUUACUGAGUUAGAAGAUGAGUAUAAAAAAGUUCAAAAUCUUCCAAGAAGUCAACAAGAGUGCGAAAAUCAGAUCAUGCAUAUCCAGGAUCUUAAAAAGAAUAUAGAUACUGCUAUGUCCAAGCAUAGUCAUUUUAUUUUCAGCUAUGAUAAUUUAAAAUCUUCAUCUAAAAAAAUUAAAGAAACAGCGGAUGAACAAAUUGUUAAUGAUGAUUUUGUCAACCAGAGUAAACGAUGGGAUACUUUACAAAUAAAUGUUAAUGAGACUUUUGAUCAGAUUAAAAAAAUGCAACAUUGUUUUGUGAAAUUCCAGGAAGCUCGAAAACCUGUUUCUGAUGAGUUAGAUCAUUAUCAAGUAUUUCUUUCAAACAUUCAACCAUUUGGUCUGGAUAUUCCUGUUGGUAAAAAGGCACUAGUCAACUGUGAAGAAUUUAUUAAGAAUAUAGAAAAAAUAACAAGAGAGCUUGAUUUAGUUGUUAAAACUGCUAAUGAUUUAACAGAUAUCUAUAAAAACUUUGGUGCUGAUCCAUGGUCUAUAAAGGCUGAAGUUGCAGAUUUAAAUCAAAGAUUUGAAGAGAUGAAAAAACGCUUUCAACAGUGCAAAAAUAAACUUGUUGAUGAAGUGAAAUCAGUAGAAAAAUGGACUCAUUCCACCCUUCAACUUGAUGAAUGGAUUAAGGUUUUCACUGAUAGUUACAAUCUUAUUCAACCUAUCAGUACUUUACCCGAAUGCAUCAAGCAACAAAUUAUUGAGGUUGAAGAUAAGUUGAAAGAUAUUGAUGCAAAUAAUUCAAAACUCAAAGAAGUUCAAGAGAUCAGUGAAGAAGUGUGCAAAAACAAUGUUGGAGAUUUUGCUGUGAAAUCAGAAGUUGACCUAAAAAUAAACAAAUCUAAAGACCUUGUGUUAAGAAUGAGAUCUAAACUUGUUGAACGCAAAGCCAAACUAGAAAAUGUAUUAUUAGAUUCACAAGAAUUGCAUGACUCAUGUGAUGAUUUUGCUGAUAAGUUAACUCAGAUGAAAAAACUAGUAAACAAAUUGAAACCUGUUUCUGCAAAAUAUACAGUUGUAAAAAAACAACAUGAAUCUAUAGUGUUAUUUUUGGAAGAAAUACACCAGCUUGAAUCUAUUUAUCAACGACUGGAAAAAGCUGCUGGUAAAGUUUUAAGUGGUAAUAAUUCGUUAGAAGAAAAAAUCUUAGUUGAAAAAAUUAAAGACCUGCGAACCACUUGGAUAGAUUUGCAGUCAGUUGUGAAGCAAAAGAAAGAAAAAAUUGAGUUUGUUUUACCGUUGUCCAAUGAGUAUGAAAAAAGCACUCAAGAGUUUACUUCUUGGUUAAACAACAUUGAGGAAAAACUGAUAUCUGAAUCUAUCAGAGAUCCUAAAACUAAAGAAAACAUUGAUAAAAAGAUGGAAAUAAUAAAGGGUUUUAAAAAAGAUAUAGAUAGCCAUACACUUGAUUACAAGUCAAUUUUGGAACUAAAAGAAAGUUUGUUAAGUAAGUGUGAAGAUCACAUUGUCGAAACUGAAGAAGAAGUCAAAUCAAUUACUGAAAGAUGGGAAAAGUUACAAUUUAGUGUGGAUGAUUAUAACACAAAUAUAGUGUCUUUAAAAAAUAGUUUGAAUGUUUUUGAUGAAAAAGUUGACUCUAUAGAAGAUUUUAUAGUGGAGUGCGAGCAGUCAGUUAAUGAUUUAGAACCUGUUGAUAUAGAUAAAGAUAAAGCAAACAAGCAAGUUUUGCUGCUUAAGGAUCUGCUAAAUAACUUAUCUGAUAAAAAACAAGAUUUAUCUCAAGUAGAAAUUUUAAGUCAAGAAAUUUGUACCAAUAAUGACCUUGAUCCAAUAACUGUGAAAGACAAACUAGCUGAAUUAAAUAACAAGUAUGCAAACAUAAAGUUUGUGAUUACUUCAAAAAAAGAUAAGUUGGUUGAAUAUGUUAUGAUAGUUGAAGAGUACUACAUAAUAGUUGAAGAGAUUUCUGAAUAUGUUCUUUUCAUAAACAAGAAAGGAGUUUUUAAAGAAGCUCUUAGUACAGAACCUGAUUGCAUCAAAAAACAAAUAGCAGAAAUUGAGGCUAUUCAAGAUGAGUUUAUUGACAAGAAACCAAAGUUAGACAGAGCUAAAAAACUUAUGAAUGAAAUUAUAAAAGAGUGUCAGGAUAAUUUCCUUGUAUGUCAAGAAGUUACAUCGGUGUUUGACAGUGUAAGCAGACCUAUGGAAGAUUUAUGGUUGAAUAUCGAAGUUCGUCAAAACAGACUUCAAGAAGCAUUAGGACAAUCACAAAAAUUCCAAGAAACAUUUGAUGAUUUCUUAGAUAAUUUAGGAGUUUUAGAAGAACGCAUGUUUAAAAUAAAACCUGUAUCUGCAAAACUUUCUAUUUUAAAAGAGCAGAAAAAAGAACACGAUCAAAUACAUAACGAUAUUCUACAGCAGGAACCAGUCGUUGAUGAUCUGUUAAAAAAAGGGGAAGAAAUGUUAAGUAGUGUUGAAGCUGGAGAGGAAAAAACAAAAAUCAUUGAACGAACUGAAAAAGUUAAAGAACGCUAUCUUAACAUUAAAAAGGAUUCAGUUGCAAGACAAAAGAAACUUUUAGAUCAACUAAAUUUUACCCAAAAGUUUGAUGACGAAAAUUCUUCGUUUAAAUUAUGGUUAAAUAGUUCAGAAACAAGAGUCAAUGAAGCCGAACCACUUCCGUGUGAAGAAGCAACUAUUACCAGAAAUUUGAGAGAUGCAAAAAAUCUUCAGCGUGAAAUUCUUGAGUGUAAACCAAAAUUAAAAUUGCUUGAAGAGCUUUGUAACUGUUCUGUUUCUAAUGCCGAUGUUGAUCAGUUAGCUGUAAAGAGUGAAUAUGAGAAGUCAUAUACUCGCUAUGUCAAACUUAGUACUCACGUAAAUGAACAAGAAGCAAAGCUUCUUGAGUUAUUAGACUUGUCCCAAAAGUAUUUAAAGUAUUUAAAACCAAUUAAUGAAUUGCUUGAUGAUGUUGAAGUUUCUGUUGUUUCCAAUAUUUCUAUACAUGGAGUAGAUAUGGAAAAAAUAUCAAAGGAACAAGAAAGUAUUAACUGUUUGAUGAAAAAAAUUGUUGAAAUUCUACCUACUAUUAAAGAUUUUAAUGAUACUAGUAAGUUGCUUGCUGAUAAAGCUGAUAAUGAGUCUCCUGAACAAAAUAUUUUAAAAAAGAAAAUUGAUUCUGUAAAUGAACGUUAUCGUAAACUUCGUGAUCAACUUCACGAAAAAUACGAUCAGCUUAAUGAUUAUUUUUUCAAAGCAAAAAAAUACAAUGAGUGUUGUGAAGAAUUUGCAGUUUGGUUUUCUACAAUUUUAAAGUCACCAUGUAUUGCUGAACCUAUUGGUAUCACCACAGAUGUAUUAAGAAAACAGUUGCAAGAUGUCGAAAAUGUACAAGAUGAAAUUAUCAAAAAGAAACCCUUAUUGCAAACUUGUAGUGAUAAUGGAGAAUGGUUAAUUCGAAAUUGCAGAUCAAAUUCAGCCUUAAAAGAUAGUAUCAAUGAUAACUUAGAGAGAAAUCAUGAUAACUUUGAUAAUUUUGUUACUAAAGUAGAAAUCAGGCAUAAAAGAAUUCAAAACUCAUUAUUGAAGAGUGAAGAGUUCCAAAGUACAUUUGAUGGUUUGAACUCAUUAUCCAAAACAUUAAAUGAUGAAGAGCCAUUGACUGUUGAUUAUGAAAGUUUAUCUCAUAUUAAGAAUAAGCAUGAGUUGGUACAUUUGGACGUUGUUAGAAAGGAACCAAUUUACAAUGCUAUGAUUCAAAAUUUUAAUAAUCUAAUUGACUCAGCUGAAUCUGAUUCUGAAAAAGAAGCUUUACAAGCUAAACUUUUAGAAGCAAUUAAUUAUUGGAGAGUUAUCAAAGACACAUCGUAUAAGCGAAAAGAAGAUAUUGAAACACUCCACCCUGUUCUUCAUAAACAUGAACAAAGUUUGAAAGAGCUAGAAUCAUUUGUCUAUGACUCAGAAAAACGUAAAGAAAAUUUAAAAUCAGUAUCGUUUGAUAAGAAAACUCUUUUGAAACAGAUUAGUGACUUAGAGGAAUUUAUGAAAGACAUUGAAAAACACAGCCACUUGUUUGAUCACUACCAAAACACCUGUAAACCUAUUUUUCACCUAUGCAAUAAGUUUUUAAUAAAAAAAGGUGUACCUGAAUUGCAACACAAAAUCGCAAAGACUGAAGAAAGAUGGAAUAAGCUAAAACAAGAUGUUAUUCAGCGAGAUAAAAUUUGCAAAGAAAAUUUAAAGAAGAUUGAUGAUUCUUUUAUGCAGUUAACACCACUUGAUGAAUUAAUCACAGAAGUAAAGAAGGUUUCAAAGCAACCAUUAUCUUUUGGAGAUGAUACUGAGAAACUUAAAGUUGAAAUGAAGAAAAUAAAGAAACUAAAGGAAAGUUUGAGCGAUAAGAAACCAGUUGUUGAGCAUCUGCUUAAAGAGAUACCAAAAUCUCUUCAAGAAUCCGAAAUAAAUCCACAGCCAUUUGAAGAAAAAAUCACAUCUAUAGACAGACAAUUUGAUGAUUGUCAACUAAAUUUAAAUGAAGCUGAAAAGCAGCUAGAUGAAGAGCUUGAUAAAAUUGAAAAAUUUAUUGAUAUAUGUAAAUGUUUAAAAGAGUGGUUACCAAAAGCACAUUCAGCUUUGGAAGAUCUUCAUGUCUCAUCAGAAAACGAAAUCAAGAAACAAGUUGAAAAACUAAAAGAUAUUGAAAGCAGUAUUGUUGAUCAUAAACCAGAACUUUUAGCUGCUGAAAAAUAUGGCUCUUUAUUGCUUGAGACAAAUAAGGAUGUGCCUAAAUCAUGUGCUGUUAUUGCAGAUAGGUUGAACGAUGUUACUAUUCCAUUCCAUAAUUUAAUCAAUAAAGUUGAAGAUAAACAGAAAGAUCUUUCAGCAAUACUAAAUGCUUUUGAAAAUUUUAAUAAAGAAAAGAAGCCAAUUGAAGAGUUGAUUACCAGCACUGAAAAUAUAUUAGACAAUAUGGAACCUUUUGAACUUGAUGUCCUAAAGGGCAAAGAACAGUGUCAACAACUUGAUGAGCAUUUGCUAACAUUGGAAAAACGUAAACCAGAGUUAAGAGGUAUUAAUCGUGUUGGUCAAGCCUUAAUAAGACAGCUACAUGAUCCUACACAAAUCGAGAAGCUUCUAGACAACUUGAGUGACAAAUAUUUUGAAACUUUAAGAAAGACAAAGGAAAAAACUAUUAAACAGAAAGAUUCUUUGGCUAAAGUAAUCGAGGUCAUUACCAUAAUUGAGACUUUAGAGGUAUGGAUCGAGGAGAUUUAUGAAGUUAUUAAUCUAUUUGAUUCAAGAACUAAAACUCCUGAGGAAAUUAAGAAACAGUUAAUAAGUAUUGAGAAUGUACGAGUUAGUUUAAGAAAUGUUGGAUCUCCUAAGCUGAACGAGUUAAAGGAUAUUAAAAACUGGUUUAUAAAAAAUAAUCAAGACAGCAUUGUUCCAAUGAUUGAAAUGCGUGCAAAGAAAAUAGAAGAACCAAUAGCAAUUAUUCCUCAAAAGCUUGAUGAUUUGGAAAAUCAGUUACAAGAUUCAUUAAGUGAGACCAAAUUAUUUCUUGAUAAUUUUGAUGCUCUUUCUCGAUGGCUUGGUAAGAUAGAAAAUACUGUUAAAGAACAAAAACCUCUGUCUGCUGAUGAAACCAUAAACAAUCAUCAAUUAAAUGAUCAAAAAUAUGUCAUUAAUGAAAUAGAAAAAGAAGAACCAAAGUUUUUAGAGCUUUUUGAAUUAGAUAAACAACUCUCAAGUGUCGAUGAUGAUCCUUUAGGAGAAAAGCUAUCUAGUAUCAAAGAGAGAUGGGAUAAAAUGAAAAUCCAGGCACUUAAUCGCAAUUUGUCUCUUAAAAAGAUCCACGAUUUAAUAAGUAAAUAUAAUGACAGUAAAAGAAAUCUCCUUCCAUGGCUUGAAAAAAUAGAAAAGCAAUGUGAUAAUUUUGAUUUUAUUAAAGUUGAUUCAGCUGAACUAAAUAAACAGGAAAAGGAUCUUUUGGAAAUAUUUGAAGAUUUUAUAAAUCACAAAUCAAUUGCAGUUGAUACAACAGAUUCAGCUACUUUAUUGAUAGAAGAAGCAACGCAUGACACAGAAUCUGUAGUUAAAACCAAAAAAAAUAUUGAUGAAAGAAUGCAAGCUGUUCAAGAAAAAUUAGAUAAUUCAAAGAAUAAAAUUAAUAAAAUGAAUGAAACAGUGAAAAAAUUUGAUUUGAAAUGCAGAUCUGUGGAAGAUGUUUUAAAAAAGGUUGAUGAUGCCGUUGUUCUCUCCUGUCCAAUGAUUGAUGACAAUGAAAAAUGGCUAGAUUGUGUAAAUAACCUUAAAGAUAUGACCAAUGAAAUGGCUAGACAAAGAACAGAUAUUAACGAUCUUAAAAAGCUUGGAGAUAAUCUCCUCAGUAUUGAUAACAAAUCCUCUAAUGUUGCAUUUAUUCAUACUAUUACAACUUCUCUAUUGAAUAGAUGUGAUGAGCUAGAUAAUAAACUUAAAGAAAAAAUAUGUAAGGCUGAAAAAUACAUCAAUACUACUAAAGUGUUUAAAGAAAAAUUAGCUGAAGUUAAAGAAAAAUCUAAACCUUUAUUUUUGAAAUCAAGUUCUUUACAGCCAAUCGGAACUACACCCAAUAAAGUAAAAGAACAGUUAAAAGAAGUUGAAGAGUUACAAUGUGAUGCGCAGAAAGUCUGCAACUUAUGCAAUGAAGCUGAAAUAUUUGCAAAUGAAUUGGAUGUAUUUUACACAAAAGAAAUUGUUAAUGAGUUCUUAGAAAACCAUUUAAGCUCUCCAAAACAGUCUCUAGGUGACUUAAAUGAAUCUUUAGACAAAAGAGAAAAGGUUUUAAAAGAAAAGCUAAAUGAAUGUGGGGCUUUGCAAGAUCAAAUUGACGACUUUGUUCGAAGAAUUGAAAGCAUUCACAAAAGAGUUAAAGAACAAACAGUCAAGCCACUUUCAAUGAAACCUGGAUCAAUUGCUGUUAGUUUAGGAGUUCUUGAGGUUAUAAUAAAAGAUAAAAGUGAAGAAAAGUCAAUAUACACAGUAUUAAUUGACCAGUUAGAAAGCUUGAUUUCAGCAAGCAAAGAACCCAAUGAACAAGCUUCAUUGAGUUUAAAAGUAAAGCAAAUAAAAGAGCUGUGGUCUGCACUUGAUAAUGAAAGUGAAAAUGAACUGAAAAAGGAAAAAGAACUUUAUGCUAAAUCAAAACACCUUGAUGAUAAAAUAAAAGAAAUUGAAAAGUUGGUUAGCAGUCAUAAAGAAAAACUACUGUCUUUAAAACCUGUUUCUUGCUCUCCUGAGGUUCUUGCCAUUCAGCAAACCGAAAUCAAUAGUCUCCAGAAAGAUGCAACAGCUCAUUUGGUGAUGCUUGAAGACUUAGAAAAAAUGUUUAAAGAAGUCAAAUUUUUGUGCUCAGCAGAUGCAUCUGAAGUUGAGCUAAAUCUGAAUGCACUAAAGGCGCAAUGUCUUGAAUCUCAGAAUGUUGGAAAUAAAAGACAGAAGGCUGUGUCAGAUAUCCAGGACAAUGUUGCAAAAUUUUUUGAUGUACUACGACCAUGUAAAGAGAAAUUAGUUAAAGUGGAAAAAGCUGUAAAUGAUUUGACUAUAUUAUCUGAUGAUAAAGAUAAAAUAGUAAAGUCACAAGAAGAUCUAAAAAAUUUAGGAAAACAAAUUGAGGAUUUGGAUAUCAGGGUUACAAAUUUAAAUGCAGUUGUUGACAACUUACAAAAUAACCAUCCUGAAUCAGAUUCAAAACAACUGCGUAAUGAUACUGAUGAAACAAAAAAUCGUGUUGAAAAGUUAAAGAAGGUGCAAUGUGAAAAGAUGAAUGAAUUAGAAGUCCUUUUAAGUGACUGGAAUAUUCUUGAAAAUAAUAUCAAUAAAGCUAAUGAAGUGAUUAAAGAAACAAGCUUAGCAUCUAAAUCAAGUAAACCAAAGGCUUUAGAUGUUGCUGAUCUUGAUGCAAUAACAAAGAAUAUUCAAGUAAUAGAAAAGAGUUUUAAAGAGCAUCAACCUCUAUUUGAAGAUAUUCAGAAGCAAGGAAAAAAACUAAGAGAAAAGGGCAUUGUUUUGUUUGAACCUCAACUCUCAGGUAUUAAUUUUCAGUUUAAAGAAGUUCAAAGCUGCAUUCCUGAACAAUUUGCAGAACUUCAAAGGAUAAAAGACCAGUUGAAUAAUUUCGACAAGAAGCUAUUAAUAGCAGAAGGAGAUAUCUCUAGCUUAGAAAACUCACUUGAUGAACAAGCUCCUGUAGGUGCAGAUAAAGAAACUUUAGAAAAACAAAUUCAUGGUAUUGAAAAAUUAAUUCCUGAUUUAGAAAAGCUUAAAGAAAAGCUAUCACAGCUUAAUUAUAUAAGAUCAGAUUUAAAUUCAAAUUAUCCUGAUUCUGAUAAAACGAAACUUAAUGAAUCUUUUAAUAAUGUGAAUGAUAAAUUGAACAGUAUAAGUCAAAGAAUAUACGAAAGACGAGCCAAACUAGAAGGAUUAUUGUUACAAUCUGGUCAAUUUGGAGACGCUAUUAAAUCAUUAUUGGGAUGGUUAGAAGAAGCAAAGGGAGUAUUAGACGGCCAAAAACAAAUUAAUGCUGCAGAUGAAAAUGUUUUAAAAGCCCAAAUUCAGGAGCAAAAGCUUUUAUCAAAAAUGUUUACUGAUCGUGAACCAAGCUUAAAACAUUUACAGAAAACAGCUAAGGAAUUACUCUCUUCGACAGAAGAUCCUGAAAAAUUAAAAGAAAUUGAAGAAGAUCUAGCCAAUUUUACCAAUGAAUGGAACUCAGUUAGUGAUAGGGUUACCAAACGUAAAGAUGAUCUUGAGCAGACACUUGUAAAUGCAGAAAAGUUCAAUAAAAACAUAACUGAUCUUGACAAGUUACUUGUUGAACUGGAUGAAAAAGUUAGCUCAGAAAAAAAUGUACCAUUUGGUGAUGCAAAAAAAGUUGAAGAGCAACUAAAUGAAAUGAACACUAUUGAUGAAAGAUUGAAAGAUUUUCAAGAUCUAUUGGAAACUGUGGAACAAGAUGAAGCAGAUCUUCUUUCUAUGUGUACUCCUGAUGAUUCUACUAUUGUUAAAGAGAAAAGAAAGAAAUUAGUAAACAAAUAUGAAUGUUUGGCAGAUAAACUUUACAAAAAAACAAGCAAUCUCAAAAAAACUGGUGAUAUCCUCAAAGAAUUUUAUAUCUCUGAGAAAACUUUAGAUGAAAAUAUUGAAGAAAUUGAAAUGAAAUUGAAAUCUACAGAUGUGUCUGAUGAAAAAGUAAAAAAUUUGCAAAAAGAAAUUACAAAAUGUAAACCCAUUUUAGAAAACCUGAAAGACCAGUCUAAAGAGCUAAAGAAACUUAUUACACCAAAUGACUAUCCGCAGAUAAAAAAACGAGUAGAAGUGGAAGAAGACAAAUUGAAAGAACUUAAAUUAACUGUUGACCAAUGUGCUCGAGAAAUGUUCAUGGCAAAUGAAAAGAUAGAUGACUUUAACUAUAAGGUUGACGAUUUAAGCAAAUGGACAAAUGAAAAAUUAAAAGAGUAUAGAUUGUUAGAACCAGUUGCUGUUGAACCUGAAAAAGUUAAAGAACAACUUGCUCAACAACAUAUUUUCUCCACUGAUUUAUCAAGCAAAGAAGCUGAGUUCAAAGAAAUCUAUAAUAUAAGUGAUGCAAUAGUUAAUGCUUGCAAUAAUGAAGAAGCUGCUCCAAUUAAAGAAAAAGUUGAUAACUUGAAGUACAAUAAAUUACAACUUGAUAAAUUUGCCACCGAAAGACAAAAUCAUUUGGUAGAAGCAUUAUUAUUAUCACAGCAAUUUACUGAUGUUCUAAAGGAGGUAGUUUCCAGGUUGUUUAGUACUGAAAAGCUGUUGAAGGUACUUGAAGAGGAAAAAGGUAAAGGUGUAGAGUUACAAAAAGAGAAGAUCAAUACAGUUGAAGAAAACGUUAAACAACUUCAGCCGUUGAUGAGCACACUACGAGUUACUGCUGAUGAUCUAAUUAAACUCAGUGGACCUGGACAGAGUUCUGAUAACAUUAAAAAGAAACUUAGUGAGUGUGAAGAGCGAUGGAAUUCCUUAAAAAUUUCAAGUGAAAACAAAGGUAUAAAAAUUGUUGCUGCUGCUGAACAAGUGGAGGCUAUUUGGAAUCAAAUUGAUAAUUUAAUUGAAAAAAAUCAAGCUAUAAAAGAAGAAUUUAAGGACCAAAAACUUCUACCUGUUAAGGAAAGUGAAAUUAUUGAAGAGAUUCUAAAAUUAGAAAAGCAAGAAGCUGCAUUAGAGCUAUUAAAUAAGCCAGUCGAUUACAUAAAUAAAUAUAUUAGUGAUGCAAUAAAAGAAGACAGCAACUCUUCUUCUUCAUAUGCUCUAAAGGAACGUCAAAAGAAACUGAAUAAUUUAUGCAAGUACAACACAGCCACAGCUAUACAGCGUAGGGAAACUUUAGAAAAGACUCGAGAUGCUGCCCAGAAGUUCUGGCUGGUAAUAGACAAACUAAAAGAAACUCUGUUAGAUGUUCAAGUCAAAAUGGAUGAUGAAGUUGAGCCGUGUAUUGAUUCAAUUGUUUUGGAAGAAUUGAUGAAAGAUCAUGAAGAUUUACAUAAUACAUUGAACAGUAAUGAGGACAUGAUUAAUUCUUUAAUGGAGACCACUCCUAUCCUAGUUGCAAAUGCUUCACCUGAAAAUAAAUCGGAUGUUCAAAAACAUUUAUCUGAUAUUACAGAUCAAUGGGACAAUCUUGAGGCUCUUUGGAAUAAGAAGAAAUUUGACAUGGAUGAAGUCAAAAAUAAUCUUGAAGAAUAUAUUGAAAGUAAAGAUUUUGUGAAUGAAUGGCUGUCUCUAGCUGAAAAUAAAAUGGAAAAGAAAAAAAUUUUACCAAAUGGAAUCAAAGAAAUAAAAGAAUAUCUUUCUGAUCAGCGAGAUUUACAAAAAGAUAUGACAAAACAUCAAGGUGAAAUUGUGCUUUUAUCCCAAAAAGCUGAAGCAUUAGCGAGUAAAGUUGGUGAUGAUGAUGAAGAGAAAGUGCUUGAGGAGUUAGCUGAGAUAAAAAAACGUUGGGAUGAUUUGUUGGAAAAGUUUUAUAAGUUACAAACACAACUUGAUGAUACACUUUUAAACCAAGGCUUUUUUGGAAUUGCAAUGGAAGAGUUACUUGCUUGGGUUGCAGAAACAAAGACAGAGCUUAAAAACUCUCAACCAGUUACUUAUAACACAAAGUUAAUUGAUAUUGAAACAUCAAAAUUGAAAGCAAUUUCAAACGAUGUUGAAAGUCAUAAACCAAGUGUUGAAAAUUGCAAGCUUUCAGCUAAAAAACUAAUUGAUAAUGGUAAUUCAACACCUGAACUCGAAAAAAAUCUUUCUGAGUUAAACUGUGGGUGGGAAGAAAUUCAAGAUCUUCUUAAAACUCGUUCAAAUGAUUUAAAUGAAGCAGUAGAAAAUGCAAGUGUAUUUGAAGAUAAAGUUCAGGAAUUAUCCUCAUGGAUUACACACUCCAAAUCUUCACUAAAAAACAAAACUCCUUACGGUGGAAAACUUGCAAUAGUCAACAAACAACUUGAAGAACAUCAAGAAUUUAUUUUAGAGUUAGAAAUACACGAAGAAAUAUAUUUCAAUGUUAUUGAAACAUACGAGCUUAUUAUUGAGUCCAGUGACCUAAGCAAUGCACGAAAAUACAAGACUACUAUUAGUAAAAUGCAGUCUGAUUGGAAAGAAAUAAAAGAGUUAUGUCAAGCCACCAAGGAAAAAUUGGAAAAUGCACAAGAAGAUGCUAGAAUUUAUGAUACUGUUUAUCAAGACAUAUUCAAAUGGAUUAUUGAAGUCCAAAAUAGUUCAAAAAUGGUUGUGCCAGUAAGUACCAUAAUUGAAACUAUUGAAAUUCAAAUGUCUGAGUUUGAAGAAGUUUAUACAAUAAUGGGAAAUAAACGUGAAAAGUUUACUGUCUUGAGGAAGACAGCAGAUAAAAUAAAGCAGAACUGUGAUUCUGAAGAAGCACUUGUAAUUGAAGAAGACUUAGUGGAGUUAACAAAACAAUGGAAGGACAUAAGUAGCCUUCUUAAAGAUCGCAAAAAGGUUUUAGAUGAAAAUUACCAGCAAUCAAGUAUAUUCUUUGAAGGUCAUGAACAAAUCAUGACAUUCUUAGAUGAAAUUGAAGUUAAAAUUAAUAGUGAUCCGACAAUAGGGAAAGAUGCAACAUCAGUAAAAGCCCAAUUAAAAAGACACAAAGAAUAUCAAAAUGAACUUGGUAAAAAACAGUCAAAGUUAAAUGCCAUAGUCAAAGCUGGUUCGCUUUUAACUGCUAAGAGUAACCCUGAUGAUGCUAUAAUUAUAGAAGAAAAAAUUGAAAUUUUACGUUCUCGUUGGGAUAUUGUUUGCUCCAUCUCAGUUGACAGGCAACAUCGUCUUGAAGAAGCUUUACUUUUCCACGGUAUGUUUCAUGAUGCUGUCCAGACAUUAUUAGAUUGGUUAAACACUGUUGAACCAGCUUUAGUUUCAGAAACUGCAGUUAUGGGAGAUCCUGACACUGUCAAACUUCUUAUUGAUAAUCAUACUGCAUUUCAAAAAGCUUUAGAAAAAAAACUCAAGAGCUAUGAAUCUGUUAUUAAAACUGGAGAAGCUAUGUUGGCUGAAGGUAAAGUUGACAAUGCUGAAGAAUUGAAAGAGGAAUUAGAGCAAUUAAAGGAUAAAUGGGAUGCUGUCGAGCAAAUGACACUUACAAAAACAGAACGACUGGCAAGUGCUUAUGCUCUUUCCAAAGAGUUCAAAACAGGCUGUUCAGAACGGCUACAGAAUUUAUCUGAUUUAGAAAAAGAACUACUUGCUCAAGGUCCAAUAAUUGAAGAAAUUCAAGGAAUCAAAGAGCAAAUUGAUCAAUUUCAUAGCUUUGAAGAACUUUUGGAAAAAGAAGAGUUACAAGUUAAUGGGUGCUUGAAAAAAGGUGAAGUUAUUCUAAGAUUUUGUCAUCCAUCUGCGUUACAAACUAUUCGUCAUCAAGUUGCAGUUGUAAAAAAAAGAUGGAUUGAUGUCUCUAGUUGGGCAAAACAGCGUAAAGUAAGGUUAGAUGAGGGAUUGAAUGUGCUGAUUGAAGAAGAGAAAGUUACAAGCGAAUUAAUAGAUUGGAUAACUGAAAAGCAGUCCAUCUUAGAAGAAAGAGAAAAAUUGCCUUUGCCUGGCGAUUAUGAGCUUGUUAGUUAUUUGUUAGAAGAACACAAUGAGUUUAAGCGUUUAGCUGAGUCAAAACAACCUGACUACAACAAAAUUAUUAAAGGUGCAAAAAGGAAGCCAGUCACAGAUUUACAACGGCGUUCUAUGACUCCUUUGCGUGGUAAAUCGAUUGAUUUAAAUUCAAUGCAGCGUGAUUUUUCGAGUCCAAAAGUUGAAUAUUUGUCUAAGAAAUGGCAACACUUCUGGCUACUUUUAUUAAACAGGCUUACUCGUAUUCAAGAUUUGUUAGAUUUUAUUCGAAUCAAAAAGGCGUCUGCUGAAUUCAGUUGGGAAGAUUGGAGAAACCGCUAUAAUGAUUGGCUUCAAAAUUCAAAAUCACGUGUACUUGAUAUGUGGCGCAAAAAUGACAAUAAUAAAGAUAAUAAAUUGACGCGUGAGCAAUUUAUAAAUGGAGUGAUAGAUCAGUGUUUCCCGUCAGAGAGAUGGGAAAUCGAUCUUGUAUUUAGUUAUCAUCAGAGAAGGAAUUUGAUAUUAUAUCAAGAUUUCAUGGAUGCAUUAAAAGGUCGAGCACGAAAACCAGACAAGCCAGUUACUGAAUCCGAACAAAUUCAUGAUAUUAUUGAGAUCGAAGUAUCAAAAUGCCGAUGUGCUCAUCCUUUCUCGGUUGUCAAAGUAGCUGAAGGCAAAUAUGAGUUUGGAGAUAGUCAUAAGCUAAGACUAAUUCGGUUCCUAAGAAGUACUGUAAUGGUUCGUGUAGGUGGUGGAUGGGAAACUCUUACUGAGUUUUUAGAAAAGAAUGAUCCUUGUAAAGCGGAAGGACGUACCAACUUUGAAGUUAGAGAAGAAUUUAUUUUGCCUGAAGGUGCCAGUCAAUCCGUACAAGCAUUUAAAUCAAAAAUGUCACAGCAAAUAACUCGAGAGACAUCGAAAUCAAAGAUCCCUUCCUUGCCACGCGAAUCAUCCAGCUCUAGAAUUAGUACCCCGCCUAUUAAUCGCAAAAAAUCAGAUUUAGAAAAAGAAGGAAAAUCUAUUCCAACUUUCGGUACUAAAGAUUAUUCUGGGGUAAAAAGUCAUGGCUAUGGUAUCACCCACAAUAUUCAAAAAAAGAAACGCGAUACUCCUGAAAGUGUUACAAGAACACCCUCUCAAUCUAAGAUAACUCGUGAAAUAUCUAGCGAUGUUUAUAAACGGUUAUACAGUUCACCGAGUUCAAAGACUGCAAAAUCUUCUGUUGUUUCCCCAAAAACUGCAACAACAACGACAAAAGUUGGUCCUAAAAUUUCAACUACUUCCAAAAGUGAAGUUACGACUGAUAGUGCAAAAUCUCUCAAAAAAGCAGACAAAAAAGAAGUGGGAAACGAACCCAAUUCAACCUCUGGAGCAUCUGGCACUGAAAUGCCUGCAGAAAAAACCAAAACCACGAGGAAAUCCAUCAGUGGUGCAACCCAAUCUUCAAAAUCUAGCGGAGUGUUUGACCGUUUGUCAGCCUCGCAUUCAAAAGUUAGUUCAGGAAAACAAGGCGACGAUGAAAAAUCUGGUACAAGUAUUCAAAAGAAAACAGAUACCGUUACAAAAAGCAAGUUACCUAUAAAAAAAUAAGGUUACUUCAACAAAACAAAAAAAGAAAAAGUAAAAUAAUAAUUAAAAGUAAUCAAAAUACAGUGAAUUAACAAUCUAUCAAAAUCAAAUAAAAAUAUUUCAUUGAAGUAACAAAAACAUUCCAGUGAAAUAAAAGAAGAACAAUUCAUCGAAUUAAUGCAAUAACAUCUCUGUGAAAUAAAGAAAAACAAUUUAGUGAAGUAACGCAAUAACAGUCCAGUGAAA